ACUUCCAAGCGCGGAGGGGACUGCCUUCGGCUUUGCUCGUUUUCUGUGAAAACUUCCCCGGCGAGACCCAGCGCGGACUUUCCCUUUCUCUUUUUUUGUUCCCGGGGUGAGUUUAUUUCUGCGUUUCGCGGCCCGGGGCUGGGCGAGGCUGGAGGGGAGCGAGAGGGGGAUUGGGUGGUGGUGGGGGCCCCGGGCUUUGCGCGCCCUCACCCACGAGGCGCCCUCUUGCAUUGUGGGGUGUGUAUUUCUGGCCGCCGCCGCCGCCUGCUCGCUCUGUUGCCACGGGAAGGAGGAGGGGAUUCAGCGUGGCUGGGAGCGAACGGGAAAACCCAGCGAGGGCAAGAGGAAGCAGGAGGGGGAGGAGGCGCGGCGGCGAGGAGGAGGAGGGACGCAGCCUGCAUGACCCGCCAGCAGCAACAAGGAGGAACCUCCGGGAUCUCCGCGUCAGCAGCAACAGCCCCAGCUAUGUGCAUACAUGGGAGGGUGCGCGUGUGGCUGCGUUGGAGGGACGGGCCUCGGCAGGGGGGCGUGCGACGGGCAUCUGCGCGGGAGGCUCCGCUUACUUGGGAAGAACUUUGCCCGUCGAGUUUUGUCUGGGUGGUUUUGUGUCCUCCUCCCCACCCACCCUUUCCGAUCUCUAGGCAAAGGUGCGGGACGGGAGGCGCGGAUAGGUUUUGCCUUGACUGCUUCCAGCCUUUAUUUCCCUGACUGAGGUGGGUGCACUUUAGGAACACUUGUCAGGGUCUCCGAAGCACGAUCCUGUGCCCGCUUAGCUGGGGCCGGGAAGGGAGACCCACGGAGAGCAGCUGGACUUUGGUUGGAGGAAACGUGCCAUGCCACAUGGGUGUAGGCAGAGGGGGCAGCAGCUGACCCCCUAAAGCAGGUAAAUAAAAAUCCUUAACUAACUGACCAAUCGAGUCACAGAGAGCAGGGUUCUGCCCCCCCCCAACAGAAGGCCUGCACCCCCAAACAUAAAUUCUGGUUACGUCAAUGCCAUGCCAUGUGCUCUGUGUGAAGGGGAUUGGUUGUGGUGGUCGCAAUGGGAAGCAGUGGCAAUUGCAGAAAUUAUGCCUUAUCUGACUUCGCUCUGUUGUGGUAUUUGAAGCUAGCACCAUCUGCAACAGAAUAUGGUCCACUCUACUGUCUCUAAGAUAUGGCUGACGCAGAAUAAAUAUUGGAAGGCACUAAUAGCAGGAUAUUAAAAGUCUGUGGAAGCGCCCUCCCCUUUCAACAAUAGCAACAUGAACUGGAAGGGAAGUAUUUUCUUUUGCAGAAUAUUUUUCAUAUUCCGGAGUGCUAUGGUUGAACACACAAAUGGGGAACCGGUGGCCAUCUGGAAAUGGGUGGACUAAAGUACCCAUCAGAUGUCACCAUUGGCCUUGCUGGCUAGCGUUGAUGGGAGGCCACAUCUGGAGGGCCACAGAUUGCCUGCCCUUGAUCCAAUACAGGGUUUCCCAAACUAGGGUCUCCAGCUGUUUUUGGACUACAACUCCCACCAUCCCUAGCUAGCAGACUGGUGGUCAGGGAUGAUGGAAAUUGUAGUCCCAAAACAACUGGAAAACCAAGUUUGGGAAACAGUGAUCUAACAGAAAAGUCUAGGUGCGGCUCACUUCAGAACCUGACAAUCUUGCAGUGUAGACACUGCAGUUUGGCACAGGUGUCAAAAUUGUCAUUAGGCAGGACUGCUCCAUGUUUUAAGAUAAAGGGGUCACCUGCAUAAACAUUUAGGUACUGCGUGACACAGUUUCUCACUUUCAGGGCUAGCCAACAUGGUGCCCUCCAACUCCUAUUGGCCAGCAGUCAGGAGUCAUGGGAGUUAGUCUUGUGGUCUGACACAAUUCACCUUGAUUCUGAAUUUCUGUCCACCAAGGCCAUACAGGUAACAAACUUGGCAUCUAUCUUUGCUGGCCUGAUCUGAUCUCAGCUUCACAAAUGUAUCCUUUCCUGGUUCAGCUGUCUGGUGGGAGCAUUAACUCAAAUAUAAGUGCCUCACAGGGUUGUGUGAUUAGCCUGCUGUCUACCCCUAUGUAUCCUAACACUUUCCUUAUAAUGCAUCAAAUGACAUACUUGCUUAUUACUUAUUUUGAUUUGUAUCCCACUCAUUUCUUGAACAUUCAAGGUGAGUUACAAUAUUUUUAGUGUACUAGAUAUAACUGAUGUUAACAGCAGAAGCUACCCAAUGCUGGCACCUACCACUGGUGUUUCAGUGUUUCCACAAUUUCCGAUCUUUUGCUCUUCCCCAUGUUGUGCCAUUGAAAAAUCUAGCAUGGAAUCCUAUGCUUUUAACUCAAGGCUAUGCUAGAUUUUAUGCAUGUAAAACAAUCACCCCUCCCCACUGUUGUAGUUCACAGUUAUGGACUGGGGCUUUCUUGUUAAAGAGAAUGGUGGGCUUUAAUCUGAUCUAGCAAAACACUCUUUAUGUUCUUUUAACUAGUUUGCAUGUUAAGGUUUUUUUUUAAUGCCUUAAGCGUUUAGAAAUCUUCAGUACAAACACUUGCUUCGUUUAAAACAAUACUGGCAGACUAUGGGGAUACCUGUUGAAAAGAAGUGGGGGCGGCCAGAACCAAUUAAUAAAAACUUUCGGGGGGGGGGAAUUGGGAUACUAAUCCAAAUGAUCAAUAUGAAGGUGCCGCAAGACACCUGAUCAGAGGGCAUUGCAAGCCCAAGAAGGUGCUUGGCAACCCUCCUAACCAGACCUUCCCUCAGCGUCGGGGCGCGCGGCUGUGAAAACGCUAGAAGCUUCUGAAACCUUUCUGCGUUGCGGAAGUGGACGGGCUAAGAAGGAAUUCCCCCCUCCCCCCUCCUUCCUGUUAUAAACUUUUCUUCUUCCUUUUUAGUUUCGGUUCUACCCUUUCUCGAAGCGCCCGAGUGAGGAAACAAGGAAACCCCCUCGGCGACCCCUCCCCCUCCCUCCGCCAAGCCCCUCCCCUUUCGCUCCUCGGCGAGGCAGACAGGGCGAAGGGGGCGGGGCCCGGGAGACCCGCUGACGUCACCCGGCCCGCUUCCUGCAAUAGAAAGUGAGGGAAGGUAAAGCAACCCCCUUUUCCAAUUAUCUCCUCGCCCUCCCUUCACCCCUCCCUCCCUCCCCACGGGGGGGGGCGGAGGUGCAGCCGGCGCUCGCGCGCUCGCCUCCCUCCCUUCCUUGUAACGUGGGUGGCGGGGGGCGCGGAGAGACGGGGCGGGGGGGGGGAGGAAGAAAGAAAAAAGGGGGAAGCAGCAGCAGAGAGACCUGCCCAGCCCCCCUCGCCUUCCGGCGCGUCCCCGCCCAUUGACCCCUUCCUUCAGCGCCCCACAUCUCACCCCCCAACUACUACAGCUUGUUCGUCCCUACAACCGCCUUUAUCUCUUAAACUCGGGUGCCCAGACCCUAAUUUCGCCCGCAACACGGUGCCUGCCCCACAUAUGCCCCCCCAUUCUUUACCUUCUCUCCCCCCCCCCGACCCCUGUUAUCAGGGACUUGCUUCUCACCUGGUGCCUAAGUGUGACCCCCCCCCCCCGCACAACAGUAUCUUACUCCCUCUCACACACCCCUUUCACAUCUCAGGGUUUCUCUGAGGGGGGAGGGGAAGAGGUUUAUUGGGGGGCUGGGAAGGUGGGUUUGAGUAAUUUGGGGUUGGGGGAAACGAAGGAUGGAAGCGAGGGGGCGGCGACGGUGUGUGGUGGUUUUGCGCUGUCAGAGGGGAGGUGGGGGCAGCCCCCCUUGGGGGGUCAGCGCUGUGGGGCUGGGCGAAGGGCACCCCACAGAGGAAUUACAAGUUCCCUGAGGAAGGUUGGGAACGAGGCGGGGGAAGGCUUUCUACCGAAGCCUGGCCGCGUAGAGUAUUUGCGAAAUGGCGGGAUAUUCGGAGUCUCUGAGGGGAGGAAAACACUAGUGGGUGCACUGGCACGACGCUGCGUGGAGUGAAAGGAAAAGUAUUCGUGUGUGGAGAGACUUAUUUCUGAAACGUUCCUCAGCGGGAGCGAGGUGCAGGGAUUGUGAUCUGUGUAGAUAGCGGGAGCCGAGUUGACACGCGCGUUACACUACUGAACGUGUGUAUGUGGUGAGGGAAAUGGAGGCACGCGGCGACUGUGAGGUUCGAAAGCGGAGGGAGAAGCUCGGGUGGGUUGGGGGUUGGUGAAAAUGUGCGAGGAGAGCCGGUGGCGCUUGGCACACAGGGGGUGGGGGGAAAGGUGUCGGACUUGGCGUGGGGAGGGGGGAAGAAUGAAUGCCCUCCUCGACGGCUCCGCUUUUGGCGAGGGCCCCGGGGCUGCCGAGGAAAGAGAGGGCAGAGCUGGCCCCGCGGUGCAGCCACCUGACGCCGGAUCAGAAGAGGGUGUGGAUGGGUCUCGCCGGCCCAUCUUGACAUGCUCAGGAGCUGGCUGGGGCCAGAGUUGCGUUCAGAGAGAGGGAUCUCGGUGCUCCUCCUGCGCGUGUGGGGGCGGGGGCGCUGCCGUGUUUGUGUCUGUGCGGAAUCAGGUUGUGGUGAAGACUGUGUGUGUACGUCUGAGAGACGGGGGGGGGGGGAGGAAGAAGAGGAUGCUGGGGAGGGGGGUUUAGCGCCGGGUCAUGUUUGUGUUGGAGGUUGUCAAGUGGAGGAGGAUCCCAGACGCCGCCGCCGCCGCCGCGCAGGGGUCGCCGAGCUUCCCAGCUGCUGCUGUUGCUGCCGCCGCCGCCGCUGCUCCUUCGCGCCAGCGCCGCCGCCGCCAUCAGCAAGAGCAGCAGCAGCUCCGGCUGCCUUCUGAGCAGGUUUGCUGGGGGAUCCAGGAAGGGUGGUGGAAGGCGGGGUAGGGGGAGAGAAAGAGAAGGGACCCGGGCGCGCACGCACGCUGUGCAAACAUCCUCGCUGUAAGACUGGAGAGCCGCCUCCUGAGCCCUUUCUGCUUGCAACGGCGGGGACAGACGCAGCCCACCACGAAGUCUCCCUGAAUAAGGAGCGCUGCGGGGCAGGGGAGAGUCGGGGGAUGGGUGGCGCAAGCGAUGGGCCCGGAAAGAAGCCUGCCUGCCUUGGCGGCUCCGGCUGGCGAGGUUUGUGUUUGCUUGCAUUUGCGUGCACGCUCCUGUUUGCUCCUGUCCUUUUCCCGGCUGCGUGCGUUUGUAUUCGCUGGCGCUUGCAAAUCCUGCAAGGUAGGCUUUCGCGCCUGGGCUUUGCUGUGUUGUGGUGAGAAGACAUUCUUGAUCCCUCCCCUCCCUUGGGUCGGUCCCGGUUUGCACUCGUUCUCCUCCACCUCCUGGCAUGUGUGAUGUGCUUUGUUCAGUGCAGCGUUGCAGAGGGGUUUUCCCAAGCUCCACCCUCUUUCUUUAUUCAUUCAUGUUUUUCCCUUUGCAACAGUACUGCUCGCAGGGCUACCCGCCGUCAUUGCGUCUCUCUCGUUCUCAUUUCCAUCUUUUCCGUAACACUGUCUUGUUAAAGAAAGCAGGGUUUCCUCUCCCGUCCUUCCCUUUGACCUCCCCCAACUAAUGAAUACGGAAAAAGAGAUCCCUGAUCUCUUCGUAUUUAAAAGGAUUGUUUGUCUUGCGCCUGCUAUGCUUUCCCAGAGUCUGAAAAGAGAAGGUGGGAGGAGGAUCCUGCUGGUGGCCGACGGAAGUACUACUUUUAAAGUGUAAAUAUUAUGUAAUGUGCUUUUUGUAUGUUGUAUUCAAACACCCCUGAAUUAUUACUGUUAGGCAAACAUAUGCCAGUUCUUAUUAUUAAUUGCUAGUGAUCCAGUAGCUGGGCUUGAUUAACCAGUGGUACUGAGUGUUAAGUAGGAAGCUGAAAUUUGUAGGCAUUGCUAUUUGUUCUAGGUUUUUGACAUCACAUAGUACCCCUGUGGAACAGAUCUACCCAUACACAAAAUGGGAGUCUCCAUGGUUGGGGGCUUGUUCAGUCGACAGAGUAAUGGGACAGAGAGAGAAAGAGUGUGUGUCCCAUCAAGGGAGUUUGGGGAACUUAGUGCAGCCUAGCCCCAGGAAAAUAACAUUGAAUAACUGGUCCACCUUUUAACUAUUCUGAUCAAUUAAAACAUUGAAAGGGUGAACAGUUGACAUGUCCAGGGCUUUUUUCUUCACCCCUUCAACAAGAGGAGGAAAAAGGAUAAUCUCUACUAUACUGCUCAGACUGGGAAUUGUGCAGCCAGCUGCAAAACCACUCUCUCUUCCCUGCACUACUAUGAUUGGGGAGCUGCCCCUCCCAACAUUUGUUUCAGGGAACAAGGGACACUGAGUUCCCCCUCAGUUUGUUCAUUAUGUAGAUUUGGAGGCCAAAACCCAGUUUUCGAAACAUUUUGCAAAGAUUUUACUAUUCUAAGCAUUAAUAAAAAUGGUUCAUCCAGCUAAAAAGAAUAGCAUCCAAGAGAAAGGAGUCGGAUACAUGUUAUAUUUGCAGUCCUUUCCAUGAAUAAAUGUUGCAUGAUGUUAGUGACCGUGUGCCUGUUAGGUGCAGACAUUGGCCAUCCUGCUUGAUUAUUUUCAGGUUGACUGCUUAUAGCCCUCAUUCAUUUAAAACAAAAACAAAAAGGACAUUCUGUCUUCCUCAGAGAUCUUCCUGUUUCAACUUAUUACCCAUAAAUAGAGCCCUCUUAACUUUUUGUAACAUGCUGUCCAAAGACUAGUAGGGUGAGCCUAGCAAUCCACAAAGCAGCGAUCCUGUGACUUUUUUUUUUUUUACACACAACAUAUGUUGCUGUUGUAUUUUUACCUGUAUUAUAAUUACAGGUGAGCAAAGUGCUGUUGCACUCAUGUCCAGCUUGCAUGCUUUCCACAGGUAUCAUCAGCCACUGUGAGAGCAGGAUGUGGACUAGAAGGGACCAUCUGAUCCAGCAGGCUCUUCUUGUGUUUCUGUGACAGGGUGUGUGGGUUAGAGUAGUAUUCCUUCAAAACAAUGAGUAUUUGUAUUAAGUGAGAAAUGAAUGUGCUUCUAAGCACAUAUUUGCUUAGCUCUUAAGUUAUAAAAGAGUGCCUUUUCAGGGUUUGCACCCACAGAGAGGUCUGCCUAGUGCUUACAUGAUGACCUUUUUAGGUGCCAGAUGAAAACAUUUUCCAGUCAUGAAUAUUCUUUUUCUGCUUUUUUACAUUUGUUGUACUUAUGUCAUUCUCUGUUGCUAGUUUUAUUCUGUGAUAAAUUUUUGUUUCCUAUUGUAUUUUAUGUUUUAAAAUUUUGUGAACUGGUCAGAACUUUGUCAUUAGUGGUAUAUAAAUAUUACAAAUUAUUUGUUUUCAAAAUUUAUAUAUAGUGAAUUCAUCCUACUUCGUUUCAUUUGUCAGCUUGUUAUCUCUAGGGUAUUCUGUUCUUCAGAUUUAUCUUUCUCCAUCUCUCCUUUUUCUUGCUUCUUAUUGCAGCUCUUAAAGGCACAGGGACCCUGCCAGAGAAAAAAGACUCAGGUUGUCACCUAUCGCAUGUGCACUUUAAAGGAAAAGCUGUAGCUCAAUAGGGUAUGCAAUCUAUGAAUAUCUGGGUUGGGUUGUCAGCACUUCUUGUCUUGGGGUAGUGUGUGAGAUGUUGGAAAACAGUAGCCAGACAAAAUUGUAUGAUUGAGUUGGAUACCUCAUUAGGUCUAUAUAGUGAAUAUUUGGACAACAUUUUAGAUGCUGUAAGAAAUACGUUUCCUUCAUGCCCUGUUGGAGCUUCCAAAAGCUGUCAAACAGAUGCCUGGUGGAAGGAGUAUUCUAGAUUUGAUGACCCUUUGGUCCAAUUGAGCAGGGAAUUACUACAUUUUUAGCAUGAUUAUAGUUGCAUUUGUUAAGUUUCGAAGGCCAAGGCAUAGCUCAAUGACAGUGGAAAUAGGCUAGCCUAUCCAGAUACUACAUUAUUUAUGAAUUGCAACAAGUAGAACUAUUUCAGUUCUUACCAAAAGAGUUGACUCAGUUUGGGAUUGUUCUAAAUAAUUGAUUUUAGUAAGUCAGGAUUAAUGUAUUUGCUAAGUUGCAAGUGUGGUUUUAAACCAUGGUCCUGACUUGAGCGGGUGACUUAGUAUUUAUAAAUAAAGCAUGUUAAGUGGUAAAGCUAGAAUAAUGCCAUAGUUCUAUUUUUAGUCAUUUUGUGGUUUUUCUAAAUCUUUGUAUGCUACUGGGGGGUGGGGUAGUUGAUUGGGAUAUAUAUUUCUACAUGAUUUUGCAUACCACUAAUAUUCUGUCUGAACUUGUGAGUAUGAAAUAGUGACUUUUGUGUGUGUAAAAAGUUUAACCCAGUCUAAUGUGAUUAAUAGCAGCCCAUGGUAAAUUCAUUAAAUCAGUAUGAUAGUUCUAGAUCUGCUGCUUAUCACCUUGCCUAAUCUUACCAUCUUUCCCCCCAGUAUGUGGAUUGACUGACCCCAUUGGCAUGUUUAUGGAGCUGCUUUCGGUCUAUUCUCCACUUCUGGAAAACCGCCUAUGACUGGAUGAGAAUGCCUCGAACAAAACAAAUAAAUCCUAGAAAUCUGAGAGGUAAGAAAAGAGUUCUGCUUUGGUAAGAUAAAAAUACACAAAUAAUAAUACAGUGGUGCCUCACAAGACGAAAUUAAUCCGUUCCGCGAGUGUCUCGUCUAGCGGUUUUUUCGUCUUGCGAAGCAACCCUAUUAGCGGAUUAGCGCUAUUAGUGGUUUAGCGGCUAUUAAAGGCUUAGCGGCUUAGCUGCUAAAAGGCUAUUAGCGGCUUAGCGGCUUAGAAAAAGGGGGGGAAAGCGGGAAAAAAAUCUCAAGACUCGCAAGACAUUUUCGUCUUGCGAAGCAAGCCCAUAGGGAAAUUCGUCCUGCGAAGCAACUCAAAAACGGAAAACCCUUUCGUCUAGCGGGUUUUCCGUCUUGCGAGGCGUUCGUCUUGCGGGGCACCACUGUAAUAAAUCAAAUCAUCAUAGACUCUAACAAAUUAGAUUGCUUUUCUUGUGUUGAUGUGAAUUGCCUGGUGAAGGCUGGCUAAAGUGCAGCGUAGAAAUGCUUGCAUUUACUGUACUGAUCAUUGUACUUAAAAUAAUUUGGAAGAAAUGUUCAUUGAAUGAUAUCUAAGUCAUAUUCAUAGUGUACCCAUUGAAAUCAUUGGGCUUAAAUAACUUAAAUUACAUUUUAGCAGUGUCAUCCAAAUUCCAUUUCUUUCAAACACACAGACUCAAAACUUUCAACAUGGGCUCUUUCCUAGAUCCAGCUUCAGUUUCAUAGCAUUUUACACACAUGGAUGAUAGGUAGCUGAAAUACCAAUUCUCUCUCUUUCCCUUAUCUGUUUGGUUCUUCUGUGUUUCUAUUGGCUGGUUCAUUGUAAGUAGCCUGAAAUUUGUGGAGACUGGUAGAAACUUUCCAUGCAUGUUAAUGAAGUAGGUUCUGUUUAACUGCACUGCACUGAUGAUAAUGGGAUAGUUUAUCACUUCUCUGGUCUUGGUGAUAAGCUGUAACUUCUUUUUUUAAAAAAGUGUAAUUAUUAAAGUGCCAAAUUGUCACAGGUUUCUGCUAAAGUCCAAACAGGUAUGUGGCCUGACAUUUACUGAGUAUAAGCUUUCUUAACGUUUUUCUUGAAGCAUCUGUGGCAUUUGAAAUAGAUUUUGCUGUUUUCAGAAGCCAUCCAGCUUUCAGUUAAACUGUGCUGAAGGAACAGUCAAAGAUGAUAGGACACAUGCCACCAAAGUCACCUGGAUUUUUAUAAGAUUUCCUGGCCUUGCAUUCAGCAGUGAUUGGCUACAUGUGCAGUUCCCAUUGCUGGAUUUAGUAGCCAUGCAUGCAGUUGCAGAUCUUCAGUACUGUCAGCUUUGACAGUGGACACAGCUCCUUGUUUGGAUGGGGGGAACUAAAUUAGAUCCUUUUUCCUCUUGGUCUGGCUGAUUAGCCUUGAACAUGUGUUAAGUGUUUAGGUACAUCACACACACAGCUCUCCAGAUUAGGGCCAGUGAUCUUAAAUUAAUUUUGGAUAGUUGAUUUAAGUAACUGCAGUGAAAAAUCGUGUUGAAGGAUGGAAGAAAAUCAUCUACAAAGCUUGGUUUUGUACUGGUUGCAUUCCCUGUACCUUCUCAGUCACUUUAAUGUUCAAAAGCUAUUCCUGCCAUGCUGCUCUACGGCUGUCAUUCAUUAAAUUGAGCAAAUCUUCUUGGUAUAAACUUGGGCCCAAAUUUGUUCACUGAGAUUAGCACUCUGAUUCUAAACAUUUUCACCUGUGAAUCUCUGUGCCUCUAAUGCCACUGUAAUGUUUAUGCACUGUAUAAUCUCUUAUUUUUGACAUUGUGCUUAGAUAAAGAUGGGACAUGCCAUCUGCUCCGUGUAACUGUAACUCAGAUAUUAGGAUUUUUCACUGCACCGUAUACUGUCAACACCUGGGCAACAUUUUCAGCAAGGUGUCCAUGCUGAAAUCUUUAACCAUUUGGGACAGCAAGGCAUGUGUUUUAAGUGAAGAUGUGGUUCACUGAAUUCUCACAGGAUCCAGCAGCUUACAUAAAACUCUCAAGGGUUUCCAACCCCAGUUUACAAUCACUUUGCUUUUAAAUGUAAUUGGGCAUUUACUAGAGUUUGAAUCCAAGCAUAUUCUAAAAGUGAUGUAACUUCUGAUUUGGCCUGGUAUGUGAAGAUUGGAGCCUAACCAACAGUGGAGUAGUUUUAACCUGGUUUUACGUGGCAACUAAUUAUCUUACUUCACACUCCUUAUUGUAUUGUUAAUAUGCUGUAAGUUGCCUCAAGUCCCUAGGGUGGAACCCUUCAGAAAUAUACUUAUAUAUUGUGAGUUAAAUAUUAUGGGCAUAUGGGAUAUUAAUAGGGACUGAAGUGGUUCUUUGGCUUUUGAACCUACUUGUAGCCACAUGGCAUGAAUAUUGCACCAUCUUUUUUUAAAAAAAGGAAAGGAAAGGGUCUUUGUGGCCAGUUUUUCUAGCUUUUGGAUUAAAAGCACUGUCAGCCAGAGAACAGGGGUGUGGGGCACUGUCUGCUCCGUCAGUGGAACAUUGCAAAACAUACGUUGUGUUUGGAGCUGGAAAAAUAUUUCCGUUUCACAGGCAGCAAGUGUACCAUUUUUAGCUACAUGCCUUGCAUACAGUCAAAUGAAUAUUUCCAAAUUACCAGUUUACCUGCCUAUUGAGGCACCUAGGAUUUUUCAAAUCCUGAUUAUAUUGGCCACUCUGAGAACAGUGUAUUGUGGAAGAUCAACUGAGAUAACUGGAUCUGAUAAGCAGAUUUGCAUGAUUUUUUAGGAUCUCUGUUAACAGCCUUUGCUUUCAUUAAUAUUUAUGUGUCACAUUUAGGUUCCUCAUACUAUAUUUAUGUCUCAAAUGCUUCAUGAUACCAGCUGACGAAUUAAGACAUUAUUCCAUAAACUCAGUGCAAUGCAAUCUAUAUUUACUUAGAAGUAAGUCCCACUGUGUUGUUCUGGUGCUUACUCUGUAGUAAAUGUGAUUAGGAUAUUAGCCGUAGGCACUUAGUAGGUUGACGCUUAAUGCUACCCCAGUGGAGUUUUGCACUUGCAUUUCAUUGCUUUUUAAAGUGGCAAACGUGUAAACUUGACACUUUAAAAAAGGUCUUAAGUUCAUAUUUUGCUGAGCUAAAGUUGUUAAGUGAACAAGGAUGCAAUGCUUUAUAUUAAUCGGAGGAGACCAAGAAAACAUGUAAUUGAAGGUGUGUCAGAUAAGCAAAAUGGAAUGUAAGUGGAUUACAUAUAAACUUGGAUUUUUUAAUCUUCAGUAGGACACUAUUUUUUCUUAAUUUUGCCUUUUAAACAUUUUGUUUUUUAGCUUGCAUUUGUUCUAAUAAUAUAAAAAAAACCAGGAAGGCUGCACGAAGUACUUCUAAAAUAGUCACUGUACUAGAGAAAACUUGUUUACAAGUUUCCCUGAUACUAAAAAUCCUUUCUGAAUGCAAGUAUUUUAUAAUAUUUUUGGGAUCUUUCUGCUUAUCCUAUAGGAAUAUCUUACACUCACCAAUAAGGUCUUCAUCAGAAGUGUGUCAGUUUAGAUUCUAACUUUACAUUUGCUAAAUUUCAAAUCCAUUACAUCCCAAAGGCUUGCUUCCAUGUACACCAGCAUUUAUUGAAGCAAUGUUGUUUGCCAGGUAAAAUUUGGAGGUGCCCAUUGUUUCUGGCUUUUGGUGCUCGUCUGCAUAGCUGGAGGCAAAUCACUAUCCCUUAGCCUCUAUUCCAAUUUACAGAAUUAAAACAAUAAUAUUCUAUAUCUUGCUAAUGUUAAGGGUAAAGGUAAAGGGACCCCUGACCAUUAGGUCCAGUUGUGACUGACUCUGGGGUUGCGGUGCUCAUCUUGCUUCGUUGGUCGAGGGAGCCGGCAUACAACUUCCGGGUCAUGUGGCCAGCAUGACUAAGCCGCUUCUGGCAAACCACAGCAGCGCACAGAAAGGCCGUUUACCUUCCCGCUGGAGUGGUACCUAUUUAUCUACUUGCACUUUGACGUGCUUUCGAACUGCUAGGUUAAGAAAGGGUAAAUUCUGCUACAACAGAAGGUUCUUGCACAUUCUUCCAGAUUCUAUGCUGUAUAUAAUCCUGAUUAUAGCCUAAGCCUUUUGUCUUAAAAUCAUGAAAACAUUAUAGCAUUUAUAGUAUGCAGUCAUUUAGACCAAUUUAUAUAAAUACCCAGUUAUUCAAAAUAAUAAAUUGCUUUUAGAGUGUUCUGUAAAUAUAUACUUGAGUGUUAAUAAGAAAUUUUUGUAUAAUGAUUCUUAUUUGAAAUAGAAGUGAACAUUUUCUGCUGUCAUUUCCCCCAUCAAUUCACUUUCCGCUUCAUUCGCAGUUUUACUUUUUUUUUCUAUGAAAAUACUGGCCGAGCUGAAGGAAAGCAAAUUUCUCAGGUUUUCCAUUUGUACGUCAUAGGAUAUUGUGCAAAAUAUUCUUGCUAAAGCCAAAACCCAGUAUUUGUUAGCCUUCUUAUUGAUGAUUGCAGAUCUUGCAGUAUUUUUUGUUUUGUUUGCUGUUUCUUGGGUCUAAAGAUAACUGCUGAGUUAAUGAAAUCUAACUGGCCUAAAAGGUUCUGACUGAAGUACAGCACUCGUACCAGCUAAUCCCCGAGACUGAACAAAUGACUAAGUGUAUUGGUCUGUAAGGUCAAAUAUAAAACGACAGAGUAGUGCAGUACCUUAAAGACUACCAAAUUCAUUAUGGCACAAGCUUAUGUGGACUGGAGUCCAUGACAUCAGAUGCAUAAAGUGUAGUCAUAAGCUGGCAGUCAUAUAUACAUGUGGAUGUAAACGGAAACAUGGAGUGAAAUAGCAGUGGAAUAUGAAAAGUGCUGACUGAUUAAACACAUUAGAAAUUGAGUGUACAGUGCACCGUCAUCUUUUCUAAGAGCCGUUGUAUAUAAGUAGUAAAAAGUAAAGGUAAAGGGACCCCUGACCAUUAGGUCCAGUCGUGACCGACUCUGGGGUUGCGACGCUCAUCUCGCUUUACUGGCAGAGGGAGCCGGCAUACAGCUUCCGGGUCAUGUGGCCAGCAUGACUAAGCCGCUUCUGGCGAACCAGAGCAGCGCACAGAAACGCCGUUUACCUUCCUGCCGGAGCAGUACCUAUUUAUCUACUUGCACUUUGCCGUGCUUUCGAACUGCUAGGUUGGCAGGAGCAGGGACCGAGCAACGGGAGCUCACCCCGUCGCAGGGAUUCAAACCACGACCUUCUGAUCAGCAAGUCCUAGGCUCUGUGGCUUAAUCCACAGCGCCACCCGUGUCCCUCAUGUAGGUAGUAGACUGCCUCUUUUACUGCAUGCUAUUUGCAUCUGACAGAAUGCAAAUAUUUUAUUAAUUGAUUGAUGGAUUGAUUAAAUUUGUCAGCUGCUUUUUUUUUUUUUUUUUUGCCCAGGGCAACCCAAAGCAACUUAACAACCAACCAAAUAGAGUAAAAGUGAGAAUUCCUGCUGCUUUGGUCAUUCAGGAAUUAGGAAGUUAUCCUAUCUUCAGUUAGUCCUCACUUUAGCAUGUGUUGUUACAAUAUCUGCAUUAAAAAAACCCAGUCAUGUCCUUUUGUAUGUAUGCAUUUUGAUAGGUAUGUACUGAUUUGCAUUUAUUUAUUUAAUGGUAACUAUUUGGGCUGCUGAGAAAGAAGCUAAGAGAAACUGUUAAAAUUCUACCUUCUUUGGUGGUAUCUUUGCUCAACACCUACACUGACUCUGUCUUUGGCCAAAGGAAAGCAAUGCCCAACCUGCUGAUAACAGAAUAACCGAGGCAAGGAGGGAGCUGCAGCCAAAGAUAGGAGAAGAGAGGUGGUAAGGGAACACCUAGCUACUUUCAGUAAAUUCAGACCUCCAGGGCCUGAUGAGCUGCACCCAACGGUACCAAAGGAGCUUUCAGAAGUAAUCUCAGAGCCUCUGUCUACAAUCUUUGAGAAUUUUUAGAGAACGAAUGAGAUCUCUGCAGACUGGAGGCAUCUUCAAAGAGGAUAAAAAAGAAGACCUAGGUGACUACCAACUGGUGAACUUGACAUCAAUACCAGGAAAGGUCUUAGAACAGAUAAUUUACCAGUCAGUCUGUGAGCACUUAGAGAAGGAUGCAUGGGCGUAGUUGGGGUGGUGGUGGCAGGUGCCCCCCUAAAUCAAGUAUAUAAAUAAAAAAGCCCUUUAGAUUAGAUUUUUUAUCCUAUUGUAUUCUGAUAAAGCUUUAAUAAAAUCUUAUUUUAAAAGAGAGAGAGAAUUGGGCUCAAAGUAAUGAAAUGAAUUUCAGUAGGCACAAAUGUAAGGUUCUACACUUAGGAAGAACCUGGUGCACAAAUAUAAGAUAGGGGACAACUGGCUUGCCACAAGUACAUGUGAAAAGGAUCUAGGGGUCUUAGUAGGCCACAAGCUUCACUUUAGUCAGCAGUGUGAUGCUGCAGCGAAAAGGUGAAUGCUGUUCUAGGCUGCAUCAACAGAAGUAUAGUGUUCCCAAUAAAGGGAAGUCAUAGUCCUGCUCUAUUCUGCCUUGGUCAAACCAUAGCUGGAAUACUGUGUCCAGUUCUGGGCACCACAAUUUAAGAAGGAUAUUGACAAGCUGGAAUGUGUGCAGAAGAGGGUAACAAAGAUUAUCAAGGGUCUGGAAACCAAGCCUUACCAGGAACAGUUGAGGGAGUUGGGUAUGUUUAACCUGGGAAAGAAGAAACAGAUGAGAUAUGAUUGGCAUCUUCAAAUAUCUCAAGGCCUGUCACAUGGGCGAUGGAGCAAGCUUGUUUUCUCUUGUUCUGAAGGGUAGGACCUAAACCAAGGGCUUCAAGUUACAAGAAAGGAGAUUCUGACUAAACAUCAGGAAGAACUUUAAGAUAGUAAGAGCUGUUGGAACAGACUCUCUCGGGAGCUGGUGGACUCUCCUCCAUCUGAGGUUUGCGAUUCCUGCAUUGCAAGGGGUUGGACUAGAUGACCCUCAGCAUCCCUUCCUGAUCCUACAAUUCUGUGUUUCCACCAGAACAUUGAUAAUAUGCAUUUGUUGGUGAAUAUGCCCAUUAUUGGUGAAUAAUUCAUUGCAGUCGUUCAGAAUUUAAUUUCACUGUAGCACAAACCUCUCCGGUAUAGUUAUUAUAAGUUUAAUACAGUACACCUACGGCCUGGGAGGCUGGAUGCACAAAGGCCAAUCUGUUCAGGAUGCCUGCUGGUGGUGCUGGUGUUCUCCUCAGCGCCUUUUGGCAGAGAACAGGGGAGCAGUGUUGUCAUUUUGCAUGGGACUGUACUCCCAUCUCUUGAGAAGCAGUGUGCUUCCUGCUUUGGGGUUGAGUGGAAGCAUUUGCAGUGGCCCAGAAGCAUCUGUGGCAUUGUGAUUAGUGUCCGGCAGGCUGGAAAUGAUGUGCAAGUCUCUACAGUGCAUAUUUUGUUUGGUAGAAGCACUGUCCAUACCAAGAGCAGCAGGAGGGGUUGCUGCCCCACUUGUAAUCUGGGUAGUGCUAUUCCCCGAACAAAAUAAAAGGCUGCCCCUUUUUGUGGGCAUGGUGCUGCCUAGACUAAAAAUACUGAUCCUGGACUCGCUGAACUCUUCACUGUGUACCAAAGGAAGGACUGUGGAGUGCGUUGCAAAAAUCGUCCGAAGGAUUAGGUGUGCCAGUGGGCCGUUAUUUGAUCAGUACAGUAUACCAGGGUUUUUUGGUCAUGUUACUUGGCCAGUCUUGCCUCUAUAAAUUAACGUUUAUUUAGCAUCGUUAACACUCAGCUAAAAGAGAACAUGUAUAUUGCAAAAGCUGAAAAAAUGUCAUGACAUGGGGAAAUAUAUAUAUGUAUACUGGCAGCCUAUAUAGACAAGGGCUUUUUAAAAUAUUGUUGUUUAAUAUUAAAGCUAGGGAGGCUCUUUUUGGCAGUCUGAUUCCAGUAUAAACAUAUUUUAGUUUUGGAGUGAACAUACUGUAGAACAUCUUGAUGCAACCCCAUCUGUGCUUGCAAUGGAUCAGGUCUAGGCUCUAUUGCAAAAUCUGUGCUUCAGUCUGGAGGGAAAUAUUUAGUCCUGUUAGGAUCAAUAUUUUUAUUUCAGAUAUUGACAUGUGUGUACUGUUUUCAUAGAGCCUUUUCAGGCCAGAUCUCAGGACCCAGAAGAAUGUGUGUGAAGAGGCAACAUAAGGGCUGGGAAGAACUGGGUGUCUCUUUCACCACUAUGAAUGAAUGAUAGCACCUCAAUGGGAAGGAUAGAGCUGAGAUGCAGGGCUAAAACAGGAACAGGUUUUUUAAAAAAUACAGGUUGUAUAAUUCAUUUUACCAAGAGCUCCAAGCACUUCAUGGGCACCACUGGAGUGUUAAACACGUUGCUGACGUGUAUAACAGCGUUGUCAUCCUGGAGUGCUGCAGCUGAGAGGCGUAGUGGCUUCCCUGAGAUCACUGAUGGAUGCAUGUUUGAGCAGAGACACAAGAUGAGUAUUUCUAGUCAUCAUUCAUGCUCCUAGCCACUACCUCACAUCCAUUCUUAUGCAAGUUGUCCUGGACUGGAUACUUUAAUGUUAACUCUUCAUGUGAUUUGAAGAUCUUCAUUCUUUUAAAUUUCUAUAUCUAAACUUCUAAAUUUCUAUAUCCCUUUUCCUCCAAAAGACAAUGCCAAGGCCAACUGGGACUGUGAAACAUUUAAAUGGGCCAGUGGUCCAGCUUUUAGGAGGGGCUGCUAGUCUCAUAGGUAUUUUUUGCUCUAUAAGAUGCACCCGACCAUAAGACGCACCUAGUUUUAGAGGUGGGGAACAAGAAAAAAAAUAUCUCCCUCUCUGCUCAGUGCCUCUCCAGCAAAGCGGGAGGAGAAACGGAAGGGGCUCCGUUUCUCCUCCUGCUUCGCUGAAGGGGCGCUGCGCAGCUCUCCCUCUGUGUGCAGUGCCCCGUCAGCGAAGCGGCAGGAGAAGCGGAGCCCCUUCCAUUUCUCCUGCUUCACUGAGGGAAAGCUGUGCAGCGCCUCUCCAGCGAAGUGCCUCUCCUGGCUUCAGCGGCUAUCCCUGAAGCCAGGAGAGCAAGAGGGAUCAAUCCCUCUUGCUCUCCUGGCUUCAGCGAAAUCUGUGCAGCCUGCAUUCGCUCCAUAAGACGCACACACGUUUCCCCUUACUUUUUAGGAGGGGAAAAGUGCGUCUUAUAGAGCGAAAAAUACGGUAGUUAGUGGGUAGAGAAUAUUUAUUAGCAGAACUCCAAUGCUAAAUAACUUGUAAAAUGAGUUUCAGAUGGGUUUCUGUAUUCGUCUUUUGCAACAAAAACAACUUAGCAUUUUGACAUCCUAAAUACUCUUUAAAAAAAUAAUAAUUGCAUAAGCUUUUGUAAACUAGUGAGAUGCUGUAGUCUAUGAAAUUUCAUGCCACAAUAAAUAUUCAAGGCUUUUAGGUUCUGUAACAAAAUUUUAUAUAAAUGAGAGGAUCUUUUCCCCCCUACAGGUGUUGUGUCAAAGCAGUUGUGCCUGUAAUGCUGUUGAUCUCCCAAAAUCUCUGCCUGUGUCUUGUAUGAUGUAUAGAGUCAGUUUUGCAAAGCGUGGUGGUCACUGUAGGACUUGUGCCCCCGAUAAUAGAUUGGUAGCUUGAAGUCAUGCAGGCUAGCCCUAUGACUCUUUGUGGAUUUGUUGCAUAAGCUGUAUAUCUCCCAAAGCUGCGUACAAUUUGUCUCAAAGACCUUCUGUUUUCCACUGAAAUUUUGUUAUGAAACGAGGUAUAAUAUUAAACAGUCAGUGGUUUUAUUAAUCAAGAACACUGGGGAAAGAGUUAAAAAGCAUUUGCAAAAUUUUAACAAGGUGGUUUCUUUUUGCAGUUCAUGCCUCAUGAGAAUCGUAAAGGCUUUGUUGGUAGUGAAGCUGGAGAAAUAAUGAGUAACACUUUCCCUGAGAAUUGGAAAAAGUACAUUCGGAGAAUAAAUUUAAAUUUCCCAAGUAACUUCCUGACCAAUAAUAGUUUAUGGGGUUUUUUUAAUGAAAACUUGGAAAAUCAAGAGUCCAAAAGCCUCAUUGAGGCUCGAAGAAAGCACCUCAAGUUCCUUUCUAACAGUCAUUUUCUUGAAGAGAGUCAAUAAGUAUGUAUAUUUUGAGAUCACCCCGAAUAUUCAAGGAAAACUUUGUACUAGUAGACACUCUCUGUGUUGUGUGGCUUGGAGAAUUAUAGCACAGUGGUCCUGUUUUGAAUUGGGAAUAUAGGAUAGAAAAGUAGGGAGCAAAUGAAAGCCCUCAUUCCAAAAUGGGAAAGCCGAAAUAAUCAGUGUUUCAGUUCCAGUGUUAAUGUGGUAGAGCAAAAGAAGUCUGUGCUAUCUAAAACCCUACAAACACUUGCUUUUUGUUUUGUACCUUCUCAGAAAGGAGAGGAAUGAAGAGGAAGCCCUUGAAAAGAACACAAGGGAGAGGUGCCACUUAAAGGCCUGUCUGCAGUUGAGGAAAGAAUAUGCUUUUGCAUUAGGAUGAUCUUUGUUCCAGACUGUAGAUCCGCAAUAUCCUAAUGUAUGUCAUUCCAGGAAAGGUUAACUAUCUGUAAACAACUCUGGUCAACAGUCUCACAGUCUGCUGCUAUGAUUUUUAGCAGCAGCAGAACAAACAUAUGUUUGCUGCAUUGCUGCUUAAGCAGCUUCUAAGGGAGGGAUGGGUUUUCAGUGGCCUGAAUGCAGCCUGUGGGGCUUGCCAGUCUGGUCCCACAGCCUCCCCUCCUUGCUGCCUCUCUGUGCCCCCCCCCAUAGCAAUAAAGCUUUCAUUCCUAAAUGCUAUGUGGGAAAGGUGUUGCACCCCAGAUAGUUGCUAUCCUUUAACUGGGGAGGGGAGGGUUAACCCUUCCCAGUUGCAGUCUCUGUCAGAAUCAUCCCACCUCCAACAACCAGAAUUGAUUAUGGAGCUUCUCUCUAGUUUGUUCUUUAAAAAAUAUAUAUGCAAUAUUCCUAGGUACACUAUAGCUUAAGGGCAGCACUGGGCCUAAAGAUUACUGUAUGGAGAAUUCUAUAAUUUCCAUAGGAAGGGGUUAGAUUUCAUAUUAGAUUGUCUGUGUCUGCCAAUUCAUUUUUUAAUUGGGUCAUUGUGUCUGAGUGCAAACGAAGUUCUAGAGUGCAAAAUAGGCUUGUGUAAAGUGCUUGUAUAGGUCCCUGUGCUGAUGUUCUCCCACACCCUGGCAUACACACAUAGGGGAAAUGUCAUGUGUUGCUAUUUAAAUCUUUCUUUGCAGAUUUGACCCCCCAACUUGUGGGAAAGCUGUGAUUGGCCAUGGGAUUCCAUAGGGCCAUCUCUCAAUUCUUGAGAAAACAUAGUGAGUGUGUGUGUGUGUGUGUGUGUGUGUGUGUGUGUGUAUGUUUGUAUGUAUGUAUGUAUGUAUCUGUCUAUCUAUCAAUCAUACUGCCCUUCAUCAAAAGAUCUCAGGAUGGUUCACAGAAUAAAAUAUAAGAUACAACACAAGUAAAGAAUUUAACCCAAACAGCAAAACGAUACAAAACAAAUUCUUGACUUUUACUUCAUUGAGAUGAAGGAUGCUUUUUCUUUUUCUUUUCUUUUGCCUUGUUUGCUUAAGCCUUUUUUGUAUACAUAGCCAGUAUACAUAACUGGCAGUUUCAUGGUGCUAAAUGUGGGCAUCAGUACAAAAAAUAGAAAUCUAGUCAGGGCUAAUUUAAAUAGUGCUGACAUCUCUGAUGUGUAUUCCAUUUAAAGGUCAGAAUCAGGACCAUUGAACCAUAGAAUCAUAGAAUUGGAAGGGACCACAGUGGUCAUCUAGUCCAACUCCCUGCAGUGCAGGAAUCUUUUGCCUACUGUGGGGCUUGCUAAGGGUUUUAAGAUUAGUUGUGGGGACAACUGGGGCUACUCCAGCAAAUGCACAGAGACUCAGAUAGCCAGGAGACAUCUUCAUUCAGCAAGACAUGACCGCUCAAUCAAGGGGACCCUGAAACAAGGACUCCCCAUGGAAAGAAAUGUAUUAUUCAUCUCAGCAGGUCUUAACAUGGGCUGAACCUCUUAACUAGCUUGCCUUGCAAGGAUCCUAGUCCCCAUUCAGGGUUAGAAACUAGCAGGGCACCAGGCGCAUUUUGCUCCUAAAGUUUCUCCAUUUGCGAGCACCUCAAAAAGUUUGGGUGCCAUUUUUUUGCGCCUGGCUAACACUCAAGGAUUACUGAAAUGUGUAUGUUUUGAAGCCUCUAAGUAUAUGUUAAGGAUAGACAAUAUUUUAAGGUGUUUAACAAUGAAGAGUAGAGUGUUUUAAAUACUGUAGUAUGGUAGCAAUAUUUUUAUUGUAAGCACCAAAUUAAACAUGUAUUAACAUUUUCUGUUAAAAAUGUGUUAUUAACAAUGUGUCACUUAUGUGAAUUGUGUAUUAGUUCAUGCUUAUCAAAAUAAUAAAAGUGUUGCCGUCCUCCUCCCCCCCCCAUGGCAACUAGACCACUUGCAGAGGACAUGGAGCAUGAUGAGGGCCCCAAGUUCAGUUCCCAUAAUUUGCCAUUGAAAAGAAUCAGGCAGUAGUUGAUGGGAGAGCUGGAGAUCAUGAACAGUCAAUGGCAGUCAGUUGCAUAUUCUGAUGGGGAGGAAAGACAACUGUGCAAUGCAGUUCCUUAUACCCCUAAUUAUGUUCUUUUAGCAGAGAAUCUAUUUCAGUUAUUCUCCACCCCUAUGUAUUUUCUGGAAUCUGCUUCUCACAUUCUCUUCCUUUUUCUACCUCAUUCUCUUUCUUUGCUUAGCAACUACUCAUACGUCCUUAGGGAGGCUCACCUCACAGUUUAAGAAACAGGCAGCUAGAUACAGUCAUGGACUUGUACCUGCAUGUUAAUUUGAAUCCUGCGUUUCUAGUAAACACUGCUGCAAAUGUGUCUCUUGAGCCAGUACUAUAACUAAUCAGUGUUCCUUCCCUCAGGCUUUAGAAACUCAGCAUUGGCAAUAGUAACAAAGACAGUUUAGGAUGGCAAGGUGGGGGAGGGCCUUUUCUAAAUGAAAGACUCUUGGCAUUUUUGAGAAAUUAUCCAAAUUUUGUCUCUAAACAUCUAGUUCCUCUUGAAUCAAAUAGUUGAUUCUGUUCCAUUAUAAAUGAAGUGUGGGUUCCCAGAACACGUUUAAAACUAUGCUGAUAAACAGCAAAUACUAAAAAUCAAAGGGAUAGAAGGAAUAUGCAAAAAUUCAGGGCAGGAGUAGCCAGUGUGGUGCCAGAUGUUGUGGGCCAGAAUCUCAAGAGUUGACCAAUUUGGUUUUCUCCUUUAAUAUGUUACUUGUUUGACGUGUUUUGAGAUGCUAGUUGGGUUUUCUCUCUCUCAAGACUCAUUUAAGUACUGCUUUCUAAAUGGUGAACUUCGCCUGCCAUAUAAGCACAGUCAUUACAGUUUUCUUCCUUGUAGAAUAUGAUUCGUAGCUGAAGUAGUGGAACUUCCCUGACCUUUUCUGCAGAAGCUUAUGCAACAGCAACUUUGUAGCAAAGCAAACAGAGAGGAAUGAGGGGAAGGGAGGAGAAAAUCUCAUUUAACUUUGCUCUUUGCAUUUUUCCCAAUGUUGUGACCCCUUACAUACCAGCUGAUGGGUUUCCCAAGAUUUCUCUUUUCUCUUUGCCUCCUAACCUGAGAUUUGGGUCCACGUGUGCCUUUUUGUGCCUUAUUUAGGGAGAUAAAAAUCUGCCAACCACUUUAACACUAUGCUGGUCUUACAAAGCAAUGCUGUAGCAGUUCUUCCUUCCAUCAGUAGGUUUCCAGAUCCCACAAGACUAGGUUGAUAAAAUCUGGAGAGACCUGGAGAAUUUAAAUAUUUAUACUCCAGCCAUGAUCUAUGGCUUGGGUGACUAACCUUUGGCUCUGCUGAUGUUGUUGGACUACAACUCCCAUCAUUCCUGUCCGUUGGUGAUGUUGACUGGGGCUGAUGGAAGUUGGAGUCCAAUAACACCUGGAGGGACACAGGUUAGCUAUCCCUGAUCUAGGGGAAUUAUAUGGUAGAUGUAUUGAGGAUUUAUUGGAGAGUACUUUCUGCAAUUUUAUGGAGAGUACAGUACUCUGGGGUUUUUAUAUUGUUGUAGGUAUGAACAUUUUAUUAGAAGGUACAUUCAUGAACUGCUACAUACGCUAGCAAUGUAGGAUGGGUGUGAGGGUUCCCAUAAUAAUAUUAUAUUCUCUUCAUUGGCUGUUUCUUAGGCAGUGUUGCUCACAGUGGUGAAUUGCUCCCUACCCCAUAGAUGAGGAUCCUGUGGCAGUCUUCCAGAUGUUGUUGGAUUCCCAUCAGCCCCAGUGAGCAUAGUUAGUGGUCAGGGAUAACUGGAGUUGUUGUCCAAAAACAUCUGACAGGCCACCAUUCCUUCACUACCUUAACUGCUGUGUGAAUAGCAUGACCAUAAUAUACACUGAUCCUUUCCUAUUUCAUUGUUCCACAGCAGCUCUCCACAAUCUAUUCAUGUUUGCAUACAUGUCUGUAUGUAUGGCUCUAUUUAGUCUUCUGGUUCAAAAGUUUACCUAUUGGACUUCUGUACCAUUAUUAUUUUUAAAAUGUCCAGGGUAGUUUACAAAGUAAUAAUAGAAAUGCAAUAAAACAAAACAAAAGUGUAGUGUAAAAAGAACCAAGUGAUAAACUCCUUGGGUGAUAAAGCCCAGGGAAGAUAAAUAAAAAAAUCUGUACCUGGCCCUGAAAAGACAUCAAAGUAGGUGUUGAGUGAUGUUCCCCAGGGAGAGUUCCACAAAUGGGAUGACACAGCCGAAGAGGCUUUCUCCCUGAUCACAAGGGCACCCAGAGAAGGACCUCUCCAGCUUGAUGUAGAAGCAGACAGUCCUUUAGGUACCUACCGUAUUUUUCGCCCCAUAGGACGCACCGGCCCAUAGGACGCAUCAAGUUUUUUUGGGGGGAAAUAAAAAAAAAAAAUUUUAUUUCCCCCCCAGGCGCUUGUGGGGCCGGCAGCGGGGAGAAGCGCUCUUCUCCCCGCCGCCCGCCUUCAGAUCAGGUCCGGGGACAGCGGGAAGACGCGCUGCGUCUCCCAGCUGUCCCCGGAGCUUGCGGGGCUGGCGGUGGGGUCUCCCCGCCGUCAGCCUCCAAACCACUUCGGGAGACAGCGGGAUGGCGGCGUUCCGCCUCCCUCUGUCCCCCGACCUUGUGGGGCUGGCGCUGGGGACUUUAAGGGUAAACAGUAGUGCUUUGAAACGAGCUUGUGGAGCUAUUUAAGCAUAAGUUAAAUAUAUGUUCCCAACAGCCAAUCCAAUCUCAGGUAGUACAAAAUGCAUCUGUAGAUUCUAGGCAAUCUUCAACUGCAGUCCCAUGGUAAUCAAGUGUGGAGGUCAGAUACAGUACCAGAAUAUAGGAAAGCAUGACCAAUGAUACCACCCUUUGCCAUGCUGGAAAAAAGGCAGAAAAUAAGGGAAAGCAUGUUAGUGGUUGUUUUUUUAGAUUACUUUAUAGGGGAAAUUACUUUCAGAAGUGCAUUCUCUAGGGUUUUAUUAGAUAAAUCUAUUUUGUGUCCAUUUUUUAAAAAUGUAUUUGUUGUGAAUUGAUGGUCUCUCUCUUUUGAUAGCAUAGCUGAAAAUGUUCUCAUGUGGGCAGUUUUUCAUAACUAGGUGACUUUAGACAGAUCAGCACCUCAUGGGAUUCUGAAUAGAACUGCAAAGAAAGCACAUCAAGGAUGAGUGUAUUUGUGGUUUUAUAGAGCUGUUGCUUGCCUCUAUAGUUUCCUUUAAUUGCUUAAAGGCUGAGCAGUUUGAAAGUGUUUGAAAAGAUUCUGACUUCAUUUGCAUGCUUUGUUCAUAGCUGCCUUGGGAGAAUUACAGAAAUGCUAUCUUUAAUGCCUAACCUAGUUCUUCUGAUUUUUCAUCACUGCCUUGGGCAACUGAAAGGUCCAGCCUGCAUCCUGUGUAGUAGAGCUAAGACAAAACUGUAUUUGGUUUUUAAUUUUAGGUUUUGAUGUUGAAAAACAUCCCCCCAUGACACCUGUCCAGUUUCUGAACAUGUGAGCAAAAGCCCCCCAAAAUUGAUUUUCUAAAGACACCUGGGAACUCUGUAGUCCUUGAACAGUCCCAUAAGAGCCAAGAAAAACUGUGAUUUUUUUAACUGCUCUGACCAAGCUUGGACAAGUUUUCAACCUCACUUAACCAUGAUUUAGGCAGAGUACUUUAUAGACUCUUUGUGUGUCUGGCUACAAGUCCAUGCAAUUGUAGGAAGGUUGGGUGAUCUGGGAGAGGGAGUUAUGGAAAAGGACGCUGCUUAAGCUUUAGCUCUGUUAGAUCAGGAAACUUGUCAGAGCUUGGUUAGGCAAGCUCAUGGAUUGCACAGAUCCUUUAUUGAACCGAACCCUUUGGGACUGUUUAGUUUCCUGGAACCUUAAAAACUGUCCUUGGAGCUCUUGCAAAGCACACUCUCUCACACACACGCUUACACACACACCAUUUAUUGUUUUUUGUAAGUCACUCAGAUAAAUUAACAUUAUGGGGCAGCAUGCAGAUGUCCGAAAUGGGUAUAGAAAUAUAUUAGGUUGCUUCUGCAUACUUCCACAAUGGCACAAAUUUUUCAUUUCUGUUGUUAUAUACAGUGGUACCUUGGGUUAAGAACUUAAUUCGUUUUGGAGGUCCGUUCUUAACCUGAAACUGUUCUUAAGCUGAGACACCACUUUAGCUAAAGGAGCCUCCUGUUGCUGCUGUGCUGCCACCGCGCGAGUUCUGUUCUCAUCCUGAAGCAAAGUUCUUAACCCGAGGUACUAUUUCUGGGUUAGCGGAGUCUGUAACCUGAAACGUUUGUAACCUGAAACGUCUGUAACCCGAGGUACCACUGUACUGAAUUUACUCUGUAUGUGGAGCUAUAAUACUGAGUUUUUACCUAAUUUUAUUUGGAAAGUGCAAAGUCUCUCUUGGGAGCCCGAGCAGACUUUCCCCCCUUAUACGUUGUAGUAGCUUGAUCUGAAAACUGAAGCAUUUUACAAGUUGACAAAGCAGGUCGCUUCUUUUCAGAUUUUUCUUCCUUCCAAAUCCUUCCCCAAGUUCAGUCAGUAAGAGUAUGAGCUAGGAUAUGCUACUGUUCUUUUUGGCUCCAUCUUGGGCACUCAUGAAACCUGUACUUAGAAUGGCUUUGUUAGCCAUGGGUACUGAAUUUUAUUUUAUUUUAUCCUUUCGAUCAGCAGUCUUAGCAGACUAUUUCUUUCUUCACACCGCUGCAGUAUUUUUACCAAACUCAACGCUAGAAAUAUGAACAAAGCUGAUUCCUGAGGCAACUAAGCACCAACAUUCUGGGAAGCUGUAGGCUAGGGCCAGGAUUACUGGUGGUCAAGAAAUGAGAGACAAGCAGUAGUGAUAGUGAAGCCACCAUAAGAUUUUUUUCGGUGUCCGUUCAUCUGAAUCCAUUGCCACAUUGUAGGUGUCUGGCAAGACUCCAGCUUGUCAUCUCCUGGUUUAUCCCAGCCAAAUCGGUGGGGUAUAAAUAAUAAAAUUAUUAUUAUUAUUGUAAUUAUUAUUAUUAUUGAUAUGGACUGUGAUUUCAUCACAUUACUGUGUACAGUCGGACUUGAAGCAUUCCAUGCAAAUGGCUGCUUCCAUAUUGUAUCUUUGCCACAUAUCAUCAAAUUUAGUUCUGUAUAAAUUCACCCAAAAGGUUUGUGUCAUUAUGACUUGUAUCUAAAUGUAGGUAACUCUUGCAACACCUUAAGUAAAAGGUUGUUGGCAAAACAGUGCAAGUCAGGCCGUAGCACAAUUCCUAAAUCAAGUAGGGCAGAGGAAAAAUCGGCAUCACUCAGAUGUUUUGAAACAAACAAAAAUGAAUGCAAUAUCCAAUGUGGUUAUGAUGCAUGCAAAUUGAGAGUGUGAACUUUUUCAACUUAGUAUGUGCUUUCUGGAAGACAGCUCUUAAUAGCAUUGAAGUCACUGAUCAACCUUUGUGAUCUACCCUUAUAGGUUGUAACUUGCAAACUGUCAAACCAGUCAUCUGCAAAACUGUUGGAAUAUGCUUCAUAGCAUAAGGUUACCAGAUGUCCCCGUUUCCCGGGGACAGUCCCCGGAUUUACAAAUCAGUCCCCUGACAAAAUCCUAUCAUUCCUACUGAAGUUGAAAAGUGUCCCCGGAUUCAUUGAAAAAAAUCUGGUAACCUUAUCAUAGGAACAUAGAAGCUGCCUUAGAGCAAGUCUAACCAAUGGUCCUUUUAGCUCACUGUUUCUUACUAGCAGCUGUUCUCCAGGGUUUCAUAGAGGUCUUCCCCAGCCCUACCUGGAAAUGCCAGGAAUCAAGCCUGACAUCUUUUGAAAAUAAUGUAUGUGCUCUAUCUCUGAGCUUUAGCCCUUUGCCAAUCUUCCUUGUGUUUUGUAUCUGCUUUUAAGGAUCAGCCUGCAUUUUACAUCAUUGUAGGAGCUUGGCAUAGCACUUUGCAGAGUCUUUAUUUCCAUUAUCUGUUGCUUCUGUGAAACACCAGAUAACUCUUUCUCUUGGGUAUUUAUGAAAAGCACUUGCUUAGAUAUUUAUCACCUUGGUGCAAUUUGAGAGUGUCUUACAUUUGUAUUUCUUGUUUUAUAAAGCAAGGCUUGUUUCACUGAUUUCUCCUGUUCUUUUAGCCUGAGGGUAUUUGGUAGAAGCUACUCAUACUAAUUUCUGUAGUUAGUGGGAGGAGUACCUUGAGCUUUACUGGAAUCUUAAUUUAAUAGACCUCUUCCCAUCACUGCUUUCGUUUUCAAGAAAUUUGGACGAAAGGACAAAAGCACACAAUUAGACUAGUGUUUACUAGUCACCCAGAUGAAGUAGUGGAGCAGUACUUAUGGCAGCAUUUCUUCCAGCCAAUUAAAAUAUAAUGUCACACAGACAUAUACAUCUGCUGGUUGGUGAAAACCGAAAGCUGUUUUUAGUAGCAUGACUGUGUUCUCUUGUAGCACCUGAAACUCUGGCAGCCCAGAUGCAGAAGAGUAAUGGGGAACUUGUUCAACUAUGUGGACUACACUGGAAAUAUAAACUAACUUAAAGACUGAGGAACGCUAGAAGCAGUAACUUGCCUCUUUUCAGAGGCAAAAUUGUAGACAAUCACACCUACAAUGUAUUUCUUAGUACUGUGGGCAUUGCAAAGCAAUAACUUGUUUUGUCACCAAAUUUGCGAAACAGUCUCCAGCCCUAUGCCUUGAGAAGCAAGUAUUUGUAUAGCUUGUGGAAAAUGUUGCGCUCAGUGCUGUUGUGUUCAGUUCUGUGUCAAUUUUAAGAUUUAUUGCAUGGAACAGUUCUUUUUUCAAGUAGAAAGUUAUACUUAGAAGAAAAUAUGCUGCUAGCAAAUCAAAUGUUCCAAGAAUUGGCUAGGCUUGGUGCGAUUAAAAUAUUUGGGAAGUUCUGUGUAUUGAUUGAAGGAAAGAUGGCCAAUGCAGAAUGAAAUAUUUAAAAUAUGUAAUAUAUUCUUUAAAGAGACUUGCUUAGUGUGUUAAGCAUGCAGCUUCUGAUUAUUGUUCUUGGAUCCAUACUAUGGAAAACAAAUGUAAGAAUCCAAAUUCUUUCUUUCUGUAUACUGUAUUUCUGUUUGGGGAUGUUUAAUAGCCGGUGGACCAGAAUUUUCAAACACUUAAGUAUUUUGUGUCUGAAUAAUUUAAAUGUCUUAUAGCUGGGUCUGAAAUUCCAUUUGACUCUGGGGUGGACAUGGUUGGUUGUUUACCAGUCUGCCCUUUUUAUAUGUAAGGCAGAGAAGUGGGUAGAGGGUGGGAUCUGAUUUUUAAAGAGGGUGAGUGAUACUCCAGUGGGAGCUAGGAUGCGGGGGGGGGGGGGAUAAGGUUCACCCCCCUCAAAAGACCCCUCAUGCACCCCACUGCUAUGUACUGUUGGUAUAGUAGAGAUCUUAACUGACCAGACAGGUUUUUAUUUACUUUUGACCUUUAGAAAAGCCUAUCAUUAUGUUGGAGGGAAGGGAUUGCCUUGGACACCAACUGCAGUGCUAUCCUGCCACUGCAUAAAGUGGUUUUAUGUUUUUAGUUUUUAAACUGCCUUGACAGAUUUACCUGUAGAAAUGGCAUUAAAAUAUUGCACAUAAAUACUAGUAGGAGCACCAUCUUUUUUAUUUUCGUAAAGAGUAGGAGGGGAAAGGGAAAACAGUACUCAGUAAUUAUAUAUAUGUAUAUAUAUAUAUAUAUAUAUAUAUGCGCACUGAAGUUGAGCUCCUUGUUGCAAAUGUGGUUACAGCCAUUGAUUUCUGGAAUGCCUGAUGCUGACAGCAUCUAAUUCAAAGGAAAGUCUGAGGGAGCCCUAAUGUUAAUGUCAUUGUGAAUCAUAGAAUGUUAGGUACUGCAGGCAUGAAAUCUUUCAUAGCAGCGAACAGUAUCUUAAAGCUUCAACUGCUCCUGGUAGUGCUAAGUGUGUCUAUAUUAGAUUGAAAGGAUGUUUCUGGGUAUGACUUUGUCUUUUGUACCAGGUUGUGGUUAGUUUUUAAAAAAAAAUAACAAACUGAAUAUCUUUAUUAACAAGUUUUUGUUUUUUGAGGGCUUCUGUUUCAAGGAAAUAGCUAAAAUGCAAUAUCUCCUAGCCUGGGUAGCUCAGUUGGUUAGAACAUGGUGCUGUUAAUGCCAAGGUUGCAGGUUUGAUCCCCGUAUGGGACAGUUGCAUAUUCCUGCAUUGCAGGGGAUUGGACUAGAUGAUCCUCAGGGUCCCUUCCAAUUCUGCAGUUCUAUGAUUCUAUGACUAUUAUUUUUAGAAGUCAACAGCAGCCUCACUGUCAAGCAAUUGACUUGACUCCUUAAAUGUUGUACAGCUGUUCUGGGGUAAAAGUUUAGUUAUAAAAGCAAGGUCUAAAAGAUACGGGUUGUGGGGGGCAGGGAGAGACUGUUUUAGAAAGGAUUUGCAUAACAGGCAGAAACAGUAUUUACAUGGGACUAUCAAAAAUUGGGCCCAACUGCAUAUGUGAUAAUUCCAUGCACCAAGAUUGAAUGGGGCACAGGCUUCCAGCCUAGGCUCAUCUUUCAUAAACCUUGCUUCUUUCCAUCAAAUUCUUAAGAAUCUUCUUGAGCUUCAAUCUUGGGAGCCAAAUAAUAUUUCUAAUGUCCCAUGACUAUCUUAUAUUCAGCAACUGUUGGGACAUCUGCAGAAAACUAAGGGUUAUUUUAGGACACAGCUGUGUGCUGUGUGGCUAUGGUGAAGAAGUUCAAGAACCCUAAAGUCAAAGUCCGCUGGACUGGCUCAUUCAUCUCUAUUGUAACAGCUUCCUCUUCUUUAUCCACAAUUUGUUUGUGACAAAUUGAUGUUUCCACAUACUAGCUCUCCAUUGGCAGAAAAUUUAACACCAUCUUUUGGGCAAGAGAUUACAAGAGCACCUCCAGUAUGGUUAAGAUAUUGGCAGAUAACGCAAAAAUUCACCGGAAGGCAUUUUCACCAAACAGCUGUUUUGACAAAGUAAUAUUGUAAUGAAUCAUCAUAUGCUAUAGCGAGGAAAGAUAAAUUUGUUUUCCUUCUCAGAAGUUAUGUAAAGACCAAAAGUAUAUGGUUUCAAGGCUGCUGGAAACAAUUGAGAAGGAAAUUUAGCAAAAUUAUACAGUUCCUCUUGGUAUGGAGUGACUUGGCUAAGUAGGUGUAUAUGCCCAAGGCAAAACUUACUUUAAAAUGUAGAGUUGUUGGGAUGCUAAAAUUCAUAGACAUACCAAUAUUUUAUCUUCGAUAGUGCUAUCCUAUGCGUGUGUACUCAAAGUAAAUUCCACUGAUUGCAGUAGUGUUUAGUCUCAUUUACCUGGGAGUAAAUCUCAUUGAACUUUAUAAUUAAAAUUGGGAUUCAGCAUCAUUGAACUUCUGUGGGAUUUACUUUCAAUUAAGCAAUGCAUAGAAUUGUGAUCCAAAAACGCAAUACACUGACUAGAACCUAUUAUGUAUUCAUGAAAGCAUCACCUCCUACAACUGCUAUGAAUCUUGGACUUGCAUUGGCAACAUAUGUAAUCUAAUUUAAUAAAUAUGCUUUUAUUGAAUGUGCAGUCCUCCUGGUCUGCUUUUUGCUUCCUUCUACCUAAUUUACUUCAUGAUUUGUAUGAAUGAUAGUGCUUUGGGCCAACCAACUAUUUAAAGAUCUUUGGGUAGAACUCUUCAUCAGGCAGAAUGAACAUUCUUCCUAGCACAAAAAAGUUGCAAGACUGAAUGUGUAUAUUUUCAUACUUUAAAAUUGUUCAUUUAAUUCUGUGUAUCUAUGCUGAUUUUUUUUCAAACAAACAAAUGUUGGUACAGUAAAAGAUGCCUUCUUUGCUGAUUCUGCAUCACAAAACCUUUUUAGUUCUUUGUGUGGAGUAGACAAUGUUUCAUGGCCUCAAAAUAACUUUAUAAAAGCUUUAUAUAUUAAAUAUUUUAAAGCGUGCAAGUAGAACAUUAUUACAAAUAAAUGCAAGAAUUGUCAACAGAAGCAGAAUAAAACAAAGCAGGUUUUAUCAGUAACACAUUAAUAUUUGUAAUAAAGGGAGUAGAGUAAAAACACCAACAUUGAUUUCUUUUUAUUUUUUAGCAGGCUACCAACCCAUAUAGUUAAGGGUAUGCAGACUCUAUCAGCAUGAGUAAACUUUGCUCUGAAUAUGAAGCAACAGAAGUUUGGAUUUUUUUGCCUUCCUGUUCUGAGGGCACCAUCUGUUCCUGGCCUGUUAGGAUUAGGCCCUGUUGAAUGACCUUCCUUUCUGUUUGGGAUAAAUGAUAAUGUAAAUAGUGUGUUAAUGGAUUUGACCGUUCAUCUGAAUAGAAGCACAUAACUCUUUUCAGUUUACGUUCAGAAGUGGGUGAGAGCUUUGAAAUCUUCGAUAAUAAGGUGAUAAACUUUAGUGAUGAUAAAACUUGUCAGUGUCAAUACAUGAAGUUGUCAAUACAAUGAAAAAAUAUUCUAAAUGGGAUUUCUCCACCUUACAAUAAUAUUCAUUAAGAUAGACUUCAACAAAGCAAUAAUAAUAGAUGAUACUGUGGUUAUCUGUAUACUAUGUCAGACCUGACAGAUACUAUGGUAAACUGUACCUGCUUGCCCUUUUGAUUAUGUGUUGUUUGAAGUACUAUGGGGGUUGUAUUCUUUCACUUCAGCCUUUUUGACUUUUUAAUCCCUCCAAGUUCAGAUUUUAAGGAAAGACCCAUUGCCAAAGCUAUCAUAGUAGUGGCUUGCAACUCCUUGGUUGAGUAAAUGUAGAAGUGCUGCACAGUUGAAGCAGGAGAGCCAGAUAGGGAGUGAGAAUCUGGUAUCCAGCAUAGCACAGGGUUGCAAUUCCUGGUCAGGAACCACACUGCAAUACCCGUCUGCUUUCUUUAUAUUUUUCCACUAACUGGGGAAAUGCAGCACAGUGUUAUUAUAACAGCUGGCAGAGUUAAAAGGAACAAGUGUUUAGGUGGGUAAAUGGAGCACAGGUUAGGAAAUUAUUCCUUUAACUUCCUUUGUGAUAUUAAAAUGGUGUUAACCUUAUCUCUGUGAGAGUCGUGUAUAAAGAUGGGUGUUUGUUUAAAGCCUCUGUUUAGUGUUUAAACUGAGGGCAGUGAUCAAAGAACUUAAUUGUCCCAGAACUGAGGCUUAAGCAUUUACUGCAGAAUAUGAAAGAGGUGAAUUCAGAAGAAAUGGCGUAUUGAAGUGAAAUAAUGUGAACUUGAAGAGUAACAGCAGUCAUAACUAUUUUUCUUAACUGAAGAAGAAAACCCUAAUGCUUAGGUUAAACAUACAAGCUCGGUUGGUUAGAGCAUGGCGCUGAUAAUGCCAAGGUUGCAGAUUUAAUCCCCAUUUGGCACAGCUACAUAUUCCUGCAUUGCAGGGGGUAGGACUAGAUGAUCCUCAGGGUCCCUUCCAAUGCUACAGUUCUAGGAUUCUAGGAAAUUCUGUGUGUGUUGACAUAUGUGUGUGUGUUGAGGAUUGUCUUGAAAGUGUCAAAACUGUACUUUCACUUAUGGAGGAAAACGUAACUUGCUGUGGUGUUCUAGGUUUCUGUUAAAAUUUGGCAUGCUUGUGUAUCCAUGUAGUUUGGGAGAUGGAUGCAGAUUGAAAGCCAAGCGUUUUUCUUUUAUAUAUAUUUAUGUACUUACUUGUGGUAGAAUGCAGCUUGCCAUAGAUGACCUGCUUAAUUCAUGUUGUGUCUGCCUGUGGUUUGGUGUAUGCAAACUUUUCUUCCACGACAUCCUAAUAUCUUUCCAGCUGCUGGAAACUGCAUUUAGGAGCUAAAUACUUCUGAACAAAGAGCUGACUUUUGAGUCUGACCUCACCUGAACCUAUGGUGUACAUGCUUCCAAUUAUUGUACAUUCUUCUCCAAAUCAGUUGUUUAGCCAGGCCAUGUCUUCUCAGGUAUACUGCCACCUCAUGACUAUGCAAGUUUACUUAGAAAUAUUCAGUGGGUUUUACUCCAAGGAAGUGCAUACCAUUGCAGUCGAAACUAAUUCAAUUAUUGAGGAACCAGGAAUGUUCAUCCUGUUCUGCAGUAAACUAUAAUAUAGAUCAGCCCUUGGAAAUGUGAAUAGGAUCUUAGAUUAAGCUUCAUGUAAUUUGUUAAUCAGAUGACACACAGAGAGAUUGCUGAGUGUCAUCAGCAUAUUGAAAGUACUGGCACCGGCAUAUGUCAUCAGCAUAUUGAAAGUACUGGCACCGAAGCCAUAAAAAUAUUUCAUUUUUAAGGCUCCUUGCAUCAUGUGGCCACAUGAAUUUAAAUCACAUUCAAGCAAUUCCACAUGCAUAACACCUUCAUGGGUUUUCUUCAAAUUUUAGUUUCUAUUUGUGUACCUGUGGCCUGUCAAAAACUGUCUUGUGAGACAUGGUGGGCCCAGUUAGUGCUGAUGAGGCGGCACUUCCCCACUUCUGCCAUAUAAGGUCUUUCUUAAAGGUAAAGGGACCCCUGACCGUUAGGGCAAGUCGCAGACGACAUGGGGGUUGUGGUGCUCAUCUUGCUUUACUGGCGUAUAGCUUCCGGGUCAUGUGGCCAACAUGACUAAGCCGCUUCUGGCGAAACCAGAGCAGCGCAUGGAAACACUGUUUACCUUCCCGCUGGAGCGGUACCUAUUUAUCUACUUGCACUUUGAUGUGAUUUCUAACUGCUAGGUUGGCAGGAGCUGGGACCAAGCAACAGGAGCUCACCCCAUCGCAGGGAUUCGAACCACCAACCUUCCGAUCGGCAAGCCCUAGGCUCAGUGGUUGAGACCACAGCGCCACCCGCGUCCCUCAGGGCCUUUAUUGUGGGUCAGUACCAUGGCAGUUUGUUGGGUUAGCACCCACAGCCCUAUUGAUGUCUAUUCAGAAGUAUGUCAAUAGGGCUUACUCCCAGAAUUUCAACUUAAGUAUGGGAAUAUAGGAUCUUGUACACUGGACAACUUUGUCUUCUCUUUUUCCAGUUUUGUUCCUUUCUGCUUCACUGCCUUGCUUCAACUCCACCCUCACAAAAAUGAAAGUGGUAAAUAAACGAAAUACUCAUGACUAAUAGGGAAAAGUAUGGUCAGAUAAUGAGUGGCCAGAUGAGAGCAGUUUAUUUUCAUCAGGUGAGAAUGAACAGACUAUCUUUUGUAGGUAAAUUACAAUGUGAAUUGGGACUUCCCUCUCACUCCACAUUCUAUUUGAGGCAAAUUCUUGUGAGAACAUCUGAUGUCUGCAAGUUCAACCUUUCCAAAUCUGUUGCUCUCCAGAUGUUCUCUACCACUCCCUGACCAGUGGACACACUGGGGCUGAUGGGAGCUGGAGACCAACAACAUCUGGAGUGAAAUAAUAAUUCAGUAGGUGUUGUUCUGUCAAGUUAAAAUAUAAAUGCAGUUUCUGGUUUUGUGCUUUGAAAUCUUUUAACACACUAUAGUAGAUUGUAUUAAUAUUAUAAUCACACAUAAAGGGUACAAUAUAUUUGAUUUGAAGCGCCUGGUACCCAAGUGUUUCUUUCAGGAUGGGAAGUGUAUUUCUGGAAGCGUUUUGGGAGGAGAGUUCUUCCUCUUUACGUGGUUUAUUUACUUUGAAAGUGCUUACAGCCCUAAUUUGCAAGUAUCUUUUGGUAUGCUUUCUUCCUUCUGCUCAAAUGCAGAUUUGUGUGUGCAUUUCCUAAGAAAACAAAAAGAAAUAGACUGCUGUUUCUUUAAGGCAACAAUUAAAUAGGGAGGGGUGAGGGUAAUGUUUUGACUGCUGGCAUUUGUGGCCUCUUGGCAGUGUUUCAUAUUCCUUUCGCUUGCGUAAGAGGUGGACCGUCUCUACUGUAGCUACUGUUGCCAUGGAGAGAUAGCGGGGGAGGAUUCCUAGGAUCCCUAAGCCUGUGAGAGAUUACGUCUUAGAAUUGCUCUCCGAAUAUAGCAUGAGAUGUGGCAGGGCAAUUCAGGUGUAUUAUGGCACUGAUAAUGGGGAAUGACCUGUCAGCUGUUGGGUAAUGUGACUGUUCAAAUGCUCUAUUGUAAUAGAAUAUGGGGAAAGGAAUAAAGGCUUGCAUAUGAGUUAGUUUCAAAAGGGAGAGGAUUAUGAAUUGUUGUGUUGGUGGGUGUCUCUUAAACAAUGUUGCAUUCCUUGGGUAAAAUGGAGAAGUUUGCAAUAUUGUGGUGGGUAUAAGGAAAAGGAGAACACACCUAUGUCGCCUCUAUCUUGUACUUGUUAUAGAUUUGGUUGUCACAUGGUCAAACUUUAAAAUCUGCAGAUUUUACGAUGAUAGUUUAAUUGUUUUCAGUCUGGUAAGAGGCUACAUUUGGUAAUUGCCUAUAGUGAAAGUUUUAUGCUGUAAUAUAAGUGCACGUAACCCGAAAUAAAUCUCUAUUUAUGUGGAGGCUGUUAGUAAACACUAUCUCAGUGCAGCAAAUGUUGUGCCAGUCCAAGAGCUAGUCAUUGAGGGAUUUGUAGCAUGAAUGGAAGAAGGAACAGAGGAAGGCUUUGUCUGCUUUGGUAAGUUUUUCUGGUCAUUUUUUGAAUUCUUCAGUCAUAUACUUGGGCUCUGGCUGGGCAUUAGAACAAGAAUAGCUGUUGCUAAUCAGAUCUUUUUAAAGCUCUGAGUUCACCAGUCGUGAGUAAAUUCUUGCCUUCAAAAUUAUUAUGAGUCUGGAGGAAUUAUUUCCCUGUAACCUUUUUCUCCAGUAGCUAUCUCUUGAAAUAGUAACAGUAGAAACAACAACAGAACCAUGGCCUUAUGUAUCUAAAAUUAGUUAGGAAUGUUUUUCAAUUGUUUUGAUGUUAAUCAAAAUCAGUUCUUCAUAUCUUGUGGCUUGGGCAUUCCUGGGUAUAACCUGUGAAGCAUAUGACAAAUUCAUACCACUUUCAUUUGCUAUAUAAGUGAAUGCAAAACACUAAAUUAAUCCUAUAGCAAUCAGAUGAAAAAUGGUAUGGAAUGGUGGCAAUCGGAUGAAAAAAGGUAUGGAGUGGUGGGCAAUAAUCUUGAGAGCACAUUUUACUGUACAUUAGUUAUAACCUUGUUGUUGCUGUUGGUGACAAUUAAUUGCCCGAUCUUUUCCCAGUGUGAUUGAAACUGCAGGUUAAGCAUAUUAGCUUUGAAAGACAGUUUAUCCUGGAUAUAGAAAGCUUUUGCUUUCCUUACUACAAAUAUUGAGAUAUAUUGUAGACAGCGCAGGUGUGAUUUUGUGAAAUGCAUAGUGGAGAUUAAUCCACUGUCUAUAUAUAAACAGUCACUAGUAGGACUUCAUUGUACUAAAAUUUUUUGAAAUAGUAUCAUGCUGCUUGCUGACGAAACCUUCCAGUGCUCCAUGUCAAAAGUGUUAUUUGAAUUUGUGCAGUGUGUAUAUGUAAUAUAUAGCGAGGGAGAGUAACAAGUGUAGACUUCUGAAAUUCUCUCGGUAAAAUAGGUGGUAUUUAUAGCUGGAAAGAAGAUGAAUAAGAAUCUAACAAUAAAUAAACAAUAAAUAAAUGUUCAAAGUUGCUUUACUUUUUGCCCAGCCACUCCAGACAUAUUGAAGAUCUUAAUAGACAAUACUUCUAAAAGGAUGAAAUAAAUGUUGACAAAGGUGCAUGAAUCUUAGCAAGAAGGUGGCUCACAAACUCUUGGAUUUAUUGCAGUAGUGUUAUGCAAUAUUUCAUGAUCUAGGUAGUAUGGAAGAGAAGAGAAGGAACAGUUUGGUUCUGGUGGAAUGAUACAGUAAAGAGACUGAGAUUAUUAAUAGAUAAUUGUAUUAAAAGCAGAAUGUAUGCUUUUACUUGUCAUUCAACAAGUUACUUAAGUAACAAUCAGAUUUAUCUCUUCUGCAGAUACUUCUUCAAGUAUAAAACUAGUAUUAGGAAUAUUACCAUUUUAAAUACUGUGGGGGUUGGUGCUUGGUGGUGUAAUUCUUUCCAGCUAUUUAAAGGUUAAUAUCCAACUGUUCUGCUUCAGUGAUGUGAUGGGGGAUAUUGUGCUGUAGUUAUAUGAAACAUAGCACCACUUUAUUUUUAUUGACUAGCUCCUUUUUUACAGCUCCAGUUUGUCUGUUUUAUAUUGUUACCUUUGGAAGAUUAAGUUUUAAAUAUAACAUUUUCCAAAGCCAGGAUACUCUACUACAACGCUUGUUAAGGACACACGGUUCUCUGAUAUUAGCUUUUCUUGGAAUACAUCUCUUGUUAAGUAUUUUUGACUGAAUAUUAGCUAGGGUUAUGGGAGUUAUUUGGCAAAUGGAUCAAAAUCAAGAUUGUGUUACUUGACCUUAAAAUUAUUUUUGGCUGCAGCAGGCCUAUGCAGCUGAAAGCAAAGAAUGAAUUGUUUGUUUGACAGUGACCUUUGACAGUGUAGGAUUUCAGUAAAUACUUCCUGUGGAAAGGAAGCAAUGCAUGACACAUCUCCUGAUUUAGUUCCAAAGUUCCUCUGAAGCUUAAUGGAUUUGUAGAAGGCCCUUGUCCAUGUUAUAUAUUUGAAGGGGUAGUUCUGCAGAUCUAAUUGAGAUUGAGUAGCAAAUAGUAAAUUGUGAAUUCUGGCAUUCUAGCAGAAUGUAUUAGAACUUCAUCUUAAUUAAAAAACAACAACAAAUUGUACCUAGACUACAUGAUGACCUAAUGAAAAACAAAUAAUUACAGAGAAUUUAUUUGCUAUAGUUUAGAAACAAAAAGUGCCUGGUUAGUGUUCCAUACAAAUAUUGUCAUCCUGCCAUUCUCUAGGCCAUUUUAAAGAAGCUAGAAAUCCAGUGAAUGAGUUGGAGGAGAAGAGUGAAAAAAAUUGUAUGAUGUAAAAGUAAUGAAAAGACUUAGACAUAUGUUGUAAUAAACUGGGUUUUUUAAGCCCAAUAUGUACUGUUACAGAUAAAGUUGGCAUCUUCUUUGGCCAUGGUUUGGCUUUAGCUGUGAACAUAUACAAAAAGUCUAAUAUGAAAUAUAUAUUGCUUAUGCAAAUUAACAUUGCUGAUUAUAUAGAUACACUGCUAAUGAAGUGACAGUAAAAACAACAACAACCCACUCAUCAUAAACUGUUAAAUAGAGGCAGGCAUCCUGUUCUGUUCAGCUUAGCAAUCAGUUUGGGCUUUGUUGCCCUUCGUAUUUUUAUUCUGUUGCCAUUUGUUUUGUUCAGCUAAAGCUUAAAUUUCAAUGGUAACACUUAUAAGUUGCAUUAGAAAGAUUACUACUUGGUAAUCUGGAAAUCAAAUAGAAAAUUGCAUUUCCUUGAGGUCUUCCACUCAGGUUUGGGCCAGACCAUAAAAAUGCCCAUCAAGAGUUGGAAGUUAUGGGCACCUUCAAUCUACUCUCAUAGCCAGCUGUUUUCCACUCUAUUGUCACAUUUCAUAUACUGGACUACCAAUUACUUUUAACUCCUUUUGUAACCAUGAAUGUUAAAUUUGGUCAUUCUGUACCUACAUUUUCAUCAGUUACAGGGGGAAAGAACCUUUUCAGGAGAUUAGGAUGCAACCCCCACAUUUUGCAGAUGUCUUCCUGAAGAAGAGCUCCUAGUCAAUCAUAUUAUCAAAGUCCACAGGACAACUAAUAGCUUCUGCUGGCAAAUUGUGCAGGUACUAUGGUGACAGAGAAGGAGGAUUUCUUUGCCUCCAUUGCAACCACAGGGUAAGCCCUAAGGUUACCUAUAUUAUCCAAUUUACCUAUAUAGAGGUAUUACCUAUAUACCUCUAACCUAUAUUAUCCAAUAAUUCCUGUUUCAUUUGUUAGGAAUGUUUUUAGUUUUAGUUCUAUGUUUGAUAAGUACCUUGAGUUUAAUUUUUUUAAAUAGAAAGGUAGGAUAUAAACGUCAAAGUGCAUGUUUUCUCAGGAGAGCCUUUUCACUAGUGGAUGAAUGAUACUCCUGUCACUAGCAUCUUGCCUAAAAGAUCACCUCAUCCCUUACACACACAACUGAUUGCUGCCUUGUGCAAGAGAGGGCAUUCUGCAAAUACCAUCCUAUUCAGGAGGUCUAUUCCGUGUGAUGUCGGAAUCAGGCCCUUAGUGUGGCAGCAGCUAUCCUUUGGAAACACGCCCCCCCCCCCCCCCCGUAAUGCAUAUUACACAUGCAUUUUUAUUGCCUUUUCAGCACAUGCUAAAAGUAUUCUUCAUUCAACAAACCUCUUAAAAUCCUUAUCCCAACUGGGAUUUGAAUUGAUUUUAAGCGUGUGCUGUUGUUGUUUCAAAGUCUAUUUAUAAAUGCAAUUGUUUUAACUGUUUUUAUAUUUGUAACUAUUUUAUUUAUAUUACUACAUUUUCAAUCACUUUGAGACACUGUUCAAAAUUGCCAGGUACCAGACACAUUUUGCACGUGGCUAUUGGCCACUUGUGACCAAGUGAAGAUUCCCGGGUGCCAGGAUGGCACCUGACAUUUCCACCAUCUGGAGGUGCAUGCCUGGGGAUCCUUGACUCUUUCCUGUUUUCACACACUAACAACACAUCAUUUAGAAUCUUAUCAGGGAUAUUUCAGUUGUAUUGAAAAAUACAACUUUUGAGCCAGCUGGCCUCAAAAUGGCAACUAGACAUUCCAUUUGGUGAUUGUUACCCUAUUAUUUAUGAUUUAUUUGUUUAUUAAAUUUAUAUGCCACCCUUCAUCCAUAGAUCUCAGGAUGGUUCCCAACAUAAAAACACAAAAUACAUAAUAAAAACAAGAACAAACACACACACACACAAAUAACCCCCCUAUCCCUUCCCACAAACACAUUUAAAAGGGCAUGGGAACCUAAUCAGCCAAAGGGAGUGCCUAGGGAGUGACUACAUCUUGGCCUUCUAGAAGCACGGGUAAUUCAGUGGCAACUGCAACAGAAUAUUACCUUUUCCACCCCUGGAAUUAAAUGCAGUGCCAACACGAUUCCUUCUCUUUCCUAUUUCUGCCAAUGGUAAAAGACAAUCUGUACUUUUGAGUACAGAAAUUGCAUGGUACAGUCCUUGGGAGACUCACUACCACUUUGGAAUUCUUGAGCAAUUUCCCAUUUGAAAAGACUCCCUUACACACACUGGGCUUCGUAGGGAGAAGAUUUCUAGCAUGGCAUUCUCCAUGACAUAUUAAAACAACAAAGGCUUGUGGCGUGUUGAACACAAAUAGAUUGUGGCAAAAGGUUUUGUGCACUAGAAUCCCCUUCUUCAUACACUUUGUGCACUCCCAUCAGAUGCAUGGAAGUGUUACCAUUUUGUAUGUACAUAUAGAAAAGAACAUUGGUAUUGAGAAAGAAAUGGCAAAGUAGCAACAACAACAACAACAAAAAAAGCAAAAAAGAGCCUGUGACAAUUUUAGGUUUAUCUUGCGUUGUCCUGGACUAUACUACUUGCCAUUCAUGCUUUUGAGCCCCACUUUUGCCUGUACAUGUGUAAAUAAAAUCACCCAUUCUAAGAAACAACUCUAGCAGGCUUGACAUUUUUUAAAGCAUGUCAGACAACAUCAGUGAUGAUGUCACAUGCAUUAUCCCAAAGUGUUCAUAAGACUUAGUAGACGAUAUUCCACAUUUCUAUUUUUGGGUGUAAAGAAGCAUAACACUGCUGGCAUUUUUUAAAAAAAAGUUUACAUUCCUUCCCUUUUUCCUCAGGCUCACUGUGAUCAGGGUUAGAGCAGCUUCAGAAACUUGGUGGCUCAGCCACCUGUGUCAAAGUUUUUUAUAUUUAUUGUUCCAUUAUAAAUAUAUGCUUGUGUAUGUGUGAACACGUUUGGAGUUCUGAUAUCUGUUCAUGAUGCCAGAGCUCAUCAGCCCCUGGAAAGGAGAAACCUUGAAGCCAUGGAUGGAGGAGCUGCGGAGGCUGUGGUAAUGCUUAUGGUGGUAGUUAGAGCUAGAGAUGCUUUCAGUAGAGGGAUAAUGUACUUGCAUCCAUGAUUCUGCUAGAGCUAGUACACAUACAUUCAUGGUGUGCUCAUGUAACAGCUGCUGCUAAGUAACUUACUGCUUUAGUGAGACUCUUAUGGAAAUGGGUUUAGGAACAAGAGUGUUCUUCCUAGGAAUAACCUCUCCUUUGUAGCAUAUUGGGGUUUUAGUAUAGGUCCAAUGUUUUGUUCAGCUUGCUGGCCAUCAUGUCAAAUGUAACCAUCAAGAACUUGGCUCCCAGUACGUUUACGAGCACAAUUCAAAGUGUUGAUGCUGACCUUUAAAGCCCUAAACAGCCUGAAGGAGCGUUUCCACCCCCAUUAUUCAGCCUGAGGUCCAGCUCCGAGGGUCUUCUGACAGUUCCCUCACUGCAAGAAGUGAGGUUACAGGUAACCAGGCAGAGGGCCUUCUCGAUGGUGGCGCCUGCCCUGUGGAAUGCCCUCCCAUCAGAUUUCAAAGAAAUAAACAACUGUCUGUCUUUUAGAAGACAUCUGAAGGCAGCCCUGUUUGGGAAGUUUUUAAUGUUUGAUAUUUUAUCGCCUUUUAAUUCUGUUGGGAGCCAUCCAGAGUGGCUGGGGAAACCCAGCCAGAUGGGCGGGGUAUGUAUGGAUGGAUGGAUGGAUGGAUGGAUGAAUAAAUAAAUAAAUAAUUAGAACUGCAGCAGUAUUCGUAACAAAAUCAAACUACACAUUACAAUGUUUGGGCAUGUAAUCAUUAGCUCAGGCUUCCUCAACCUCGGCCCUCCAGAUGUUUUGAGACUACAAUUCCCGUCAUCACUGACCACUGGUCCUGCUAGCUAGGGAUCAUGGGAGUCGUAGGCCAAAAACAUAUGGAGGGCCUAGGUUGAGGAAGGCUGCAUUAGCUUGAAAGUCUUUUCUCAUUGCAGAGAAAAGUUGGGAUUUUUAAAAAAAAAUCCCUGCCACAUUUUUUUCUCCCAAAUGCUGCCCCUCCCCCAAGUUCUGUACCUAUGUUUGUGAGGUCAGCACCAAUCUGUAGCACUAAUGCCAGGAAUAAGUAGAACCUGGGAAAAUGCCUGACGGGGAGGAGAGUUAAGCACCCCCAUUCUUCUCUGCAAAGAGAAUUUUCUGCACCUGAAACAACCAGUUUUGCCCCAGUACUAUUCCUGUACCAGACUGGGCAAGUUACUUAGUCUCAAAGCAAACUUUGUGCAUUCUGUCUCAAGCAGAUUUAAGCUAAGUUGUGGACAUGACCUGCUUCUGAAUUGGCAUAUGAAUUCUACCAGAUGAGGACUUUAAGAGUUUUCUUGGCAAAGAGAGCUCAGUCGGGUGUAGACUGAUAAUCUCUCCAGAGCACUAGGAAGACAAAAGAAUUGUGUACAAAAAAAUUCUAAUUAAAUGCUCAGUACUAUUAGCUUAUUCACUAUUUUUCAUAUAUUAGGUACAUUAGAGCCUGGUGCUCAUUCUGACCUGUGCAAAGCUGACUCCUAGUGGUAAAUCUAAGGUGGUACAGGUUUCUUUGUUUCUGCAGUCAGGUCUGUUUUGGAUACCAUCUUUAAUUCCUGUAUUGUACACAAAUAUAGCCUUUAAAUCCUAGCUCUUAAGUAAAACAUGCACGUUAUACAUGCAGUUUACAACUUUUUCAAAUACUUCGAUAGGUAUGGGAGAAGUCUUAAUUUAUAAUAACUACACUACACUUGGAUUUAGAUCCAAGUUAUAUUCUGGUUAACGUGAACCAUCUCCUGUUUAGGCUUCAGAGAACAUAUUUUGUUAGUGUGUUAUGUAUGACUGGUGGCGGGGGGAAGCUAAUCUUCUGAUUUUUUUACUAGCACAAUGGUGUAGGAAAUCCUGUUUGGAGAAACAGAAUUAAAACAAGCAUGAAGAAUCCCUAGGCCUGGGGUAGACAAUGUGUUGCCCUCCAGAUAUUAUUGGACUCCAAAGUCUCCUCUGGCCCAGCUAGCAUGGUCAGUUGCAUAUCUAGAAGACACUAUGUUGGCUUUGUGUGCUCUAGACAUUCAAAUACAAAACACAAUAUGCAAAAGGCAUAAUCUAAUGCACCAAAUGCAUUAGUCUUAACAAAUAGAUGAUUGCCAUAGGGUUCUCCCCACCCCACCCCUUACAAUUUGUGCUUAACAAUUUCUGUUCUUUUUGCAAACAUUUGGACCUUUUAAAAAUAUGUUUGAAUUCGUAUUUGCCGGUUAGAAUGAAUGGGGAGAAAAGGAAAGGCUCAUUGUGCAAGGUUUUAAGUAAUUGUGAAGAAUAGAGGGAUAAGGUUUUUUCUGUGGACUCUUGCAUAGACAGGCUUUGGGUGGUACCUAGUCAGCAGGCUCGUUACUAUGGUUAUGUAUUCCCUUGAAUGGGGGAGCACUUGCUGAAAAUAGAGAACCUAUGCAUCUUGACGGUCUGAGAGUUUCAAGAUAUUCUUGAAGCACCAUCUGUUUGAUCCCAUCUGUUUCCCCUCAACCUGUGACAAAUCACUAAAAGUGCAAUUCUAAAUACUCCGUUUAGAUUACAAUUACCAAGCAUCUGAAAAUAUAGGUAGUGGCCAGUGAUGUGAAACCCCUGCAUAUUUGACUAAAGCAAAUAUCAUUAUCAUUGUGGCUAGGGGGUAGCCACAUGACUGUAAUGCUAAGCCAGAAAGCUCCUCCCGAUGGUCUGUUAGUAAUGAGGGUUGGGUGACUAGCAGAUUCAGGCCUGGUUCACACAUAACAACACCAUGGUAAAUGUUAACCGUAGUUAAUAUUAACCAGAGUUAAACCUCAGGUUGUACAUUAAAAACGGCAGCAAGAGCAGUCAAGCCUUGAGAGUGGUUUGAAUUUGCUCUGUAAACCGCCCUGAGACCUCCUGGUUUAGGAUGGUAUAUAAAUUCAAUAAAUAAUAAUAAUCAUUUUUUCCCCACUCUUCCAUCACAGCUUUUGUUGCUUUUGAGUGGUGACAGCUCCUUAGCCAUAGGUAAGGAGGACGUUCUCAAAAUGAUAAGCUGUGGUUAACUGUAACUGAAGUGUAUCAACCAGCAAACCUUGAUUAACAAGCAAGCCUUAACCAUAGCUAAUAAAUCAUAGUUGAUUUGCUGGGCGAGGUUCAUACAUAAUAUUAACCAAUGGUUUAUGUGCAAACCAGACCGCUGACACCUUGCUGGAUUACCAAGAUUAGCAUCAAAUUUUUGUUGGCAUCUGUCUGUCUUGAGAGACGACCAUACCACUGAGGGUGAAGUCAAACCACUGAAGAAUUAUAUCACCUACUGUGGCUGCAGAGACUGGUAACUCAUAACUGCCUUCACCCCUGUGGUUUUUGCUGCGUUUGCAACACCAAAGUGACCUAUCUGGGGUGGACCAAAUGCAGUAAUAACAUUUCUAUGUAUGUUUAUAGUACGAUAGGGAAAUGUACUCAGUGUAAUUCUCCUCCUUCAUAACUUAAUUUGUUACAACUUAUACUCUGCCUUUCUACAAAAACUGUACUUAAGGUGGUUAAUAACUUAACAACAACAAUAAAAUUACAGAUAUUGGCCUGAUGCACCAUCUUCUUUCACUCUGUCCUGUCUUUGGAACAUUUUGGGAUGGAAGAUAUAGAUGUAAAUGUCAUUAAUGGAAACCUUUGCUUGCUUUAUGUGCACACAACUGUUUGUUUAGACUAAUUGAUAGGGCUAUUCUGAAGGGCUCUGGGAAGCUUACACAAAUAUUUACGGUUUUACCCUGGGGGGGGGGGGAGAACACUGAAGUAGUAAAACAUUCCUCUGAAAAGGCUCCAAAAUAGUCAGUGCCCUUUGUAUUUCAUGUACGGAAUAGCUGGCAGAUUCUUGAUUUGGACUAUUUAGCUUUGCCAGGUAGCCACUUUAAUCAUAGUGAAUCUGAUACUUUCCUCUCAGAAAUAUGCUUUCCCCCUAAGAAAUUCCAUAAGUGAGAUUCAUAGAAUUAGGCCUUCUCUUUCCACUUGCUCUAGGUGGACUCUCUGUGAUGCACCGUCAACAUGCAAUUGUCCUCGGUCCUCCUUUCUGCCUAAUUUUGGCAGGGUGGUUUUCCACCCUUCUCACCUGGAGAUGCUAUAGCAAGCCAAGGGCCUGUUGAUUUUUAAAUCAUUUUUGUUUUUUGUACUGAUAAACACACAUGGUAGCUAAAGCCCAGGAAGCAGGCAUCACAAAGGAACUGACUAUGCCUACCAUGCUAUUCUGUAAAGCAUUUGUGAGAUACUGUAUAUUUAUAAUUCUGAUGGUGCCCAAACAUAUGUUUCCACUGAGACAAAUGAAAUUCAAAUUACACGGGUUGCAACUUUUGUUAAUAAAAUGAACCACCUGCUUGUCUGUGCUUUUAGUUCCCACUUGAUGAUUUUGGCAUGUUUAAGCCUGGAUUUUCUCUGGCCUGCUUUUGUGUUCAGCCUACUAUUGGCCUAAACUGGGCUGAUAGACUCUAGCCCCAUUCAUUUGAAUACAGGAGUCCCCCUGUUUUCAUAUGUGAAAGGUUGGAGACUGCUUGGUGUAUGUUCUUGGAUGCUAAUAAAAUUGAACUGAGGGCCAGUUUUCAAGGUAACUUUAAUGUGUGUUAGUAGGAUUGUAAGAUACGUCUGUGCUGUGCACUUGAUUGUUAUCAAGUAGGUUGCAUAAUAUAUAUUCAGAUUAGAAAGCAAAGUUGUCUUCUCUAUAGGGAAAAGGGAAAAGGGAAGCUGUAUGGAUGAAUAUCACAUUUAUAUGGCAUGUUAGUGUUUGAAAAUGAACUCCACCUGAAAGGCCACCCAGUAGCAACUGGGACUAUUUUUUAUGUAAAAUUACGUAUGAAAUAUUUCAAAUCUAGUUUAGUGUGGUGGUUAGAGUCCAGGAUUCAAACACCCCCCCCCUCAGCUGUCAUUUGAGACCAUUCACAGUCUGUCUCUCAGCUUAAUCUGUCUCACAGAGUGGUUGUGAGGAUAAAAUGGGGAGGGGGAGAAUCAUGUAAGCCACCUUGAGCUCCUGAAGGAAAGGUGGGCAAAACAUGUAAUAAUACUGUGAUCGUGGCCAACUGUAACACAGUUUCCCAUGAAACUAUACAGGUACUAAUUAAUUUUCUCCACCAUCAAAAACAUAAUUAAGCCUUCAGAUAGGCUAUUAAUGCAGUUCUUAAAAACAACAUCCUUUUCUCCCUUAGGACAACAUCUUCAAGAAUUAAGGUACCAAAAGUUGAUACUUAAGACCUAGGUGGUAGACAGGUUUUUGCUAUUCAUCUUCUCAGAAGAACCUUUGACAUAAGGCAGAACUUAGAACCCUGAAAAAUUAGAAGAUAAUGAGUUUACCAAUCCAUGUGGGGCCUGAUGAACCUGCUAUCAAUAGGACAGAGAAGGCUUUUGAAUCCAGAAAUCAUGACAGCCUUCUUGCUAAUUGAAUACAAGCUCAACCAGACUCUUGAGUCUCAAAGCACAGAGACAUGAGACCAUCUUAGUAACAGAGGUUGUAUACUUAACAAAAUCAUUAAUAUGCCAGUACACGUGUAGGAAUUUUUCCAUCAUAAAUUGUGCAGAUGCCUGCCUGAUCUCUGUAGGUGCAUUUUGAUACCUUCUGCUCCGUAUAAAAAGUCACAUUGCUUGUUUUUACUUUGCUGGUUUACACAUUUUGCAGGUAGCUUACCUGGCUUUGGAGAGACUACAGUGUCACCAAGAAAUUCAUUCCUGUGGUUUCACAAAUAGGAUUUAUUAUAUAAUUAAAAAUAAGUUAGCAAAUGUAAGCACAGGAAGGAACCCGCACAGAUGUACAUCCUGGUUGUGCAUUCUUAAACACCAAAGAAUCAUUCUUAUUGCUACUGUAAUCAAUGUUAGAACUCCUAUGAGCUCAAGUGGAAUCAUGAUUAUAGGCUGGGAAUCAUCCAGGUAUCAUUAUUCUCAAACACUUGUCAUUUAGGAGAUAGAUUGAUACAUUAUCAUGUGUGGACCCCCCCCCCCUUGAAGUUUUGUGAGUAGUUUAUAUUAUUGAAAUAAUAUUAAAGUAAAUUAUCAAUAAAAAACAUUUGUUGCCACAGUUAAUAUCUUACUGAACUGAAUAUAGUAACAAAUCCUAUUCUGGGAAACAAAUAAGAGUUGCUCUCAGUAAUGAGAAGUAAAGCCAUUAUGUAAUGCUACUUGUGUACUGUAAAUGGAUGUCUUAAUCUAAUGAUUCAACUAGUGACCUUUGCUACCAUGUCGUUUGCCCAAUGGCUGCUUGUCCUCAGAUUUUAAAAAACAAUUAACACAGACACAGUGUCUUUCAGGGAGAUGCUGCAGUUUCCAUUUCUAAACCAAUGAGAAUGAGCAGUGAUUUAUCUUUUUUCUUUUUCGUUAACUUUUUCAUUUUAUUAUAACAGCAGACAGAAAUUAAAAGAUGAGAAACAAAACUAAGAAAUAGGCACGUAGAGUGUGUAGUUGCAUAUGAAGUGCAUGUAAAGAUUAUCAGUUUUAUCAAAUCAUCAAGUCUAGUUCCGCAUUUGCCAGGCUUGUGACGAGGGUUGUCGUCUUGAAAACGAUGAUUCUGCUGUGUGUGUGUCAUAAAGGAAUAAAAAGUGUCUGGAGCGUCUAGUCCUUUUCAAAAUCUCAGAUUAUGCAUGGUUUCCUCCACUAUAGAUUUAUUCCAGAGUACAGUAAGUGGUACCAAGCGUCCAGUGUAAUAUUUUGAGCUGUUUUCCCUUAUGUUGCAAUUACUGUUCUGGUUACCAAGAUCACAUAUAAGACCAGUUCUUUUGACAGCAUAGUUACAUUGGUAUCAUCGUCACUGGCCUAUGUCCCAUGGUCUACUUAGGUUGUUUUUGUUGCUUUAAAUAACUUGUAUAUAUGAGACUAGUUACUUGUUAAAUGUUGCUGUUUAGCUUUCCCAGAAACUGUAGUUUCAUCUGUCAUUGUUUCAACAACAAAAAUGUUACCAAAACAUUUCACAUUUCCGAUUCAGAGUUCAGUCAAGUUUUCGAGUCCACUUUUCUCAAAUUCUCUCUGAAUGAUUAUGCUUAUCAGCAGCAAAUUAGCUCUUAUGUAGGCAGUCCACAUGUUUUCUGGUAUAGAGUUCAUUCAAGGUCACAAGCAGAAAUACGGAACAUAGGAGGGACACAUUUUUCUUUGGCUUCUGUUCUUAACUAUAACAAAUGUUUGUCUAGCAGUACAAAUUAGCAUUUAGAGACUAAUUGUUUUGCUCAUUAGUCUGCUAGUUUGAAAGUGCAGUUCCCAAUACAUCUCUUACCUUUUGUUGCUAAUUGUCAUCCUUACAAUUUGGCAUAGGCGAUAUGGGCACUGGAAGUUGGAAGUACUGUAUGUGUUUUGCUCAUUUACUGUUCCUAUUUACUGCUAGUGUAAUUUGUUCUAUCUGCUGGAAACACAAGGACAGCCUUCACCAACCCGUGUUGGAGAUUGUAGUCCAAAAGAUGUGGAAGGUGCCAGGUUGCCAAAGGUCGUUCUCAAAAAACUUACAAACUCAAAUUUUGAACACUAGCAUCAUGGUGUAUGUAAGGUCUAGAGCUUACAUGGAUAAAAAGGAAGGUGCAAUCCUCUAAAUGGCUACUCAGAAGUAAUUUCAACAGUGCUGACAUUUUAGAGGUUCACCCAGAAACUGAUGUCAGCAAACUGGAAAGCUGUACUGAUGUGCCCCCUGUUGAUUUUCAAUGCUUUCAGCUGAGAUAAAUUGAACUCACAAGCAUAAUAUGGCAAAUCACGAACUAGGCAGCAGACGGUCUGCGAGAAAGACAGAAGACAUACAACAUAAAAACCUCAGCGCAAGUUGACAAAAGGAUCCCGAGAUAAAAUGACACUUACAAAGGCUAUACCAGCACAGCAGCAUCAUUAUUAAGACUUGUGAAGUGAAAUUAUUGCUCUACUGUUGAUAUACUUAUCCUAGAACACAUACAGGUAAAGGGUACCAAAGUGUUGGACAUUAUUCAAAAGAACAGUAAAAGAGCUUUUCCCAGGCCACACCCUGCAUUGGCCUUCCUUCACAAGCCAAGUGAAGUAACCCAUAACCUGGCUAGAAUGAGCUCUGAUAAUGCUUGUUGAUUAUUUGAAUGGAGGAGAGAGAGAGAGAGUGUGUAGAACCUAGCUUGUUGUACAUAUAUAAAAAUUACAUUUGUUGUUCUGCUUGCUGUUCAUGCCUGCCCACCAGCAUGUGGCCCCCAAAAGGUUUCACAGAAGGGACAGUGACCCUCAGACUGAAAUAAUAAUAAUAAUAAUUUAUUUAUUUAUACCCCGCCCAUCUGGCUGGGUUUCUCCAGCCACUCUGGGCGGCUUCCAACAAAACACUAAAAUACAAUAACCACUAAAAUACAAUAAAAAGGUCCCCUACCCCGAACAAUCAAUCAAUCAAUCAAUCAAUCAAUCUUUAUUGCGAUCAAAGACCAGACAGCAAGUUAACAGCAACAGCAACAACAACUUAUGCCACAUCCGCAUGAAGAAGCAGAUGUAAUUAAAAUUCCCCUAUAAACUUAUUUACAUUAAAAACAACACUCCUUCAGCUAAAAUCUGUAUCCCAGUGAUUAAAAUCAGUACUCAUUCGCUGGCCAUCACUGUCACCACAGCCUGUCUUGUCCUUGGUGCUAUAAAACAGAAUUUUGCAACAGGCCUGAUGAUACCUUGUUCUUUAUUAGCAAGAAGGUAUUUAGCAUAAGUUUCCUCUGAGCGGCCAGGUAAUUUCCUUAAUAACAAUAAAAUUAGCUCUCUUUGGGUAUCACAAUACAAUGGCUUCCCCAUACCCUAAUUGUUUUUAAGUGACGACCACUUUGGAAUGGGUUGUGCUCUCGACUGCCAUCAGAAAUCAUUGGUGAUGUAUAAGGAGUUUUGAACAGAUAUGUAAUGCUGUCAUUGUGUCUGCCCUACACACCUGCAGUGAUACUGAAACACAGUGGAUAUCAGUAUUUGAGGUAUGAUUUCCUUUUGCUGGAUUUGAUUAUCCCAAAUUAUAAUCUUCUCUACAGGUUGUGUGUCUGUUUUUACUCUUCAUAAAACUUUUUAAUUGUUAAAUCCAAAUCUUCAACAGUCUUUUCCCCACUACCGCAAUCUACCACAAUCUAAAAUAAUAAAAAUUAUAUGUGUCAACAUACUGUGGAAAUGAGAUUAUAACACUCACAUAUACAGCAAAAGUGCCUGGUCUUGAAUCAAAUCCCAGCUCAGACAGGGAUUUUGUAGAUGACCUUGAACAAGUCUUCUUUGGUCUCUGUAAGGUGAUAUGAAAAGGAUAGCAACCUGUCUCUGUGGUUGUCAUGGGGAUGAGUUAGAACAGGGACUGUAAGGCAACUAGAAAAUCAAAUAAUAAGGAAUAAUAAAGUUUCCUCAGAAGUGUUCACUGAACUAUUUAGAUACCCCAUGGCUUGGAUCAAAAGAAAGCUUCUGUCACUUUAUUGUAAUAGGAAAGAGGGCACUUUAAAACUAAAUAUUUUCGCAAGGAGUGCUGAAAAGUCACUGAGAAAGGGAGCCCUUUGGGGACAGAAGCACUUAGAAAACAUACACAACAAAUAAUGGUAGCCAUUUAUUUAUGUAUGUAUAUUUAAUUAUUUACAGUAGAAUGGACUCCCUUGGGAGGUUGUGGACUCUCCUUCAUUGGAGGUUUUUAAGCAGAGGUUGGAAGGCCAUCACUCAUGGAUGCUUUGGUUGAGAUUCCUGCAUUGCAGGGGGUUGGGCUAGAUGACCCUUGGAGUCCCUCCCAACUCUACAGUUCUAUGAUACUAUUAUUUCUAACCCACUUUUCAUCAUAUCUGUUCUCUGCCAUAAUCAGAACCAGGAAAGAGACAGUUAAUAUUCAGUGAACACAGAUGGGUCAGAAUAUUACUUUCUUAUUAAAUGAGGUUCUGGAUCAAGCCAGAAAGUGCUUACAAUGCGGCUGAUACCAUAACCUGAAGUGGGAUGCUGUGCCAGCGUGAAGGUUUAGAUCAGUAUGUUAAUAUAUUGAGGUCACUCCAGGCAAUACCAGAACAAAUGUGAUUGAGGCAUCAUAAGUAUACUAGCGUUUACUGAUCUUUUCCAAGUAAAUUUACAGGGACUUCUUUGAGGAGUUUCUCGCUGUUUUGUUCAGAAAAAGAGGCAUUGAUUUAAACCUUAUGUUCAUUUAGAUUUUCAAAGAUGUGCAGAAGAGAACUUUUAAAGUUUUUCUCCUUUUCCCUACUGUUUAUAUCUUACUUGGAAUUUUGACAUCUGGUAACAUUUUCCUGUAGAAUCCAGAUGUAAGGAACCUUAACUUCUGACACCUCUUAUUUUCAGGACUAAGACUUUGAAGAUUUUACUCCAGUAGUUUAAGUAUCAGUGAUUGAAAUCCCAAACUGCUUGAACCCUACAUAUAUUUGUAACCACCUAUUUUCCUUUGUCACAUUCUGAUCUUUUACAUCCUCUGAAAGCACCGCAUAAUCCCACCCACAUUAUGUAUUUGAAUAGCAUCAGUCUUUGUGAUUAUUCCUUAACGUGAAACUCCUGCCUUCUGGAUUUUUAUUACAGCCUGAGUAUUUUCAUGGAUACAUUAUUAAGCCCUAUUUCUUCAGACAUACACUUGUAGCCAGAAGCAUAGCCACUAAUGGGCUGCACUAAUUGACAUUAAUAUUAAUGUAGUUUUAAAUGGGCUGCAUGGCCCAAGCUUUCGGAGUAGGAUGGUUUUCCCUAAGAACAUAAGAGCACUGCUAGAUAAGAUCAAAGCCCUAUCUAGUCCAGCAUUCUCUUCUCACAGGAAGCCCAUAGGCAGGUUGUUUGCACGAUAACCCUCUCCUCCUCAUGUUUCACAGCCGCUGGAAUUCAGAUGCAUACUGCUUCUGACACUGGAAGUAACAUAUAGUCAUCAUGACUAGUAGCCACCAUGAGCUCGUCUUAGUUCCCUUUUAAAGCCAUCCAAGUUGGUACACAUCACAACACCUUGUGGGAGGAAAUCCCAUAGUUUGACUAUGUGUUGUGUGAAGAAGUACUAUGCACUUUGAGAUAUGGAAAAGCAUACCCCUGUCUAGAAAUGUGAAGGCCUGGAAAAGAAUCCAAAAAAUUGGGGGUGGAUAGAUGGCAAACCAAUUUUCCUGGUUUGUUUAUGGGCCUUCACAUUUAUGUACUUACCUGCUUUUUCCACAAUACCCCCCACUUACCAUUUUGUCUAUGCUUUUGUCUCUCCAGACUCCUUUGCCCCGGGGGGGGGGGGCGGAGAUCAAGAUAGAAAUGUAAUAAAAAUAAAUGAUAAAAAUAAUAAGCUAAAAAGCCCCAAGCCUUGUAAACUUUCCUCAUUGGGUAGUUGUUCCAGUUCAUCCAUCAUUUUGGUUGCCUUCCUUACACCUCCAACGAACACUGUUCGCAUUGUAUAUGAGGAUGGGCAAACUUCAAUAAUGUUAAAAAGAGGGUGGUGGGUUUUUUGGUGGGUUUUUUACAAGUGUUUAUUCAACAAAGUGAGGGGAAGAAAUUAAAACCAUUUGUGAUCAAAGUAUGUUUCCUCCUCUUCUGAUUUACUUUUUGUUUUCAUUAGACAAAAUUGAAGAAGCACAAAAAGAACUUAAUGAAACAGAAGACUCACAGAAAGGUAAAACACACCACUGUUUCUCUUCCUGCAGCCUUUCUCCAGCAAUCCCAUAAUAAUAAUAAUGAUAAGCAAAUAAUACUAAUAAUGAAAGACCAUCAUCAGCUCACAUUGCAGAUACAGUGGCCAGCCAUUCCUGACCACUGGACAUGUUGGCUGCAGCUGAUGGGAAUGUGAGUCCAACAACACCUAAAGGGCACCAUGUUGACUAGCCCAGUCCAACCUCCUGUUCCCCACAGUAGCCAAUCAGAUGCCUUCCUUGUUCUUGUCCACCAGAAAUUGUUCAGGAGCAGAAGGUCUAAGAAGAUGGGGAUUUCACUUAGCUAUAAUGACUAAUAACUAACUGUGAUAGUUUUAUCUUCCCUAAAUUUUAAGCAGCUGUUGAUGGUGCAAUCUUAUUACCUUAUCCUCAAAGUAUUCUUGCUAAAUGGACUGAAAGAACUUAGUUUCAUAAUCAUUAAAGUUCUCUCCAUAUGUGCGUCAUUUUGAACUUGCUUGGAAUACUUUUAGCUGCUUGGAAUAUGUUGAUAUUGUUACUACCAUGUUCCUUACUGAUUAUUUUGUAUUUCCAUCAUCAGCAUCCACCAGUCUUGAAAACUUGGGCAUUGAUUUGGAAUUUAAAUUUUGACCAUUUUCAUUCAAGUUUCCUAAAAACCUGUUACUGGUAAAUGAUCGUCAUGGAAUUUUUUGCGGAGCUCUGAAAGGGAAGGAAGCUAAGGCCUCCAUCCUGAGGUCUCUGCGUAAGGUUAUUAGUGUUGAAUUGUAUACAUGUCUCUUUAAAAACACACAUACACCCAGAUAAACCCUUUUGAGGCAGCUGCCAGAAAGGGCUCAAUCUACAGCUUUGGGACUUUUAAAUUUAAGACACACAUUCUCCCCUGAUUCCAAACAUCUUGUAAGGGCCAGCAUAUAUUGAAUACUUGGUUAUAUGUCCCAGAGCACAAAAAGUGAAAUCAGCCCUUAGUUUAUGGUCUUUCACAUUGCAAAUUAUUACCAGGUUUAAACACAAAACCUGCUCUCUGUAUCUGACACUGGAUUGCCUGGCUCUCAUUGACACGGGUUGCAUAAGGAAGUUCAAUGUGAUUUGCCAGCAGCAUCCAAGCCUUGCCUCCAAAUACAGUGGUGCCCCGCAAGACGAAUGCCUCGCAAGACGGAAAAACCGCUAGACGAAAGGGUUUUCCGUUUUGAAGUUGCUUCGCAGGACGAAUUCCCCUAUGGGCUUGCUUCGCAAGACGAAAAUAUCUUGCGAGUCUAGAGAUUUUUUUCGCUUUUCCCCCUUUAUCUAAUCUGCUAAGCCUUUAAUAGCCUUUAAUAGCCUUUUAGCAGCUAAUCCCCUAAGCCUUUAAGCCUUUAAUAGCCGCUAAACCGCUAAUAGCGCUAAUAGCGCUAAUCCGUCAAUGGGCUUGCUUCGCAAGACGAAAAAACCGCUAGACGAAGACUCUCGCGGAACGGAUUAAUUUCGUCUUGCGAGGCACCACUGUACAUAUAACUUACAGCAUUUUGUUAGUACUGAAUAAAAAUCCAUCGCCUAGAAUAACUUAUAUUAUUAUGCACUUUUAGUAGGGCACAACUUACAUAAGCCUUAGCUACUUCUACAUACAGCAAUACCUUUAUUUUAGUGCCACAUUGACAGUGAUGGCCCAAUAAAGAUAACUAAUACUUUAAAGGGUAUCUAGGUAAUCAAAGCCUUUAUUUUAUACAUCACUAGGUUUCUCCAAGCAUGAAUAUGUACUGUUGUCCAUUUCUGCUAACCCAGAUCAUAGCUUAAUUUUAAAAGCAAAAUAAAUUCUUGAAAGGUAUCAAGUUUCCCCAAUGUAACUAGGCUACAGCAAGCUGGUUGUUCCUUCUGUCUCAGUCAGGUUUCAUUCAUCCUAUUCUGUUUCUUGUUGGGGGAAUCUGUAUAUUGCUGCCCCACUUCAGUCUGUCCUCAUUCCUUUGAUUGCUCAACUUUACAUGUUUUCUAGGCUGAAACAUAUUGUGCCUGAGGAAGAAGCAUUGGGUUGUCCACAGUUGUAUUCACUGUGGCCAUGUCUUCCUGCAACUUGUUUGAUAUCCAAUCCCAGCUGCCUUUCCCCCAUCUAAAUUCAGUGUCUUAGUCAUUUCCAUACCAUUGACUUAGGAUUCUAAUUCAAGAUCAUUGCUCUUAAAUUCUUCUCUGAAUGGAGAAGUUAAUUUCUGCUGAUGAUUUGUGAAGAAAACAUAACAUUUGUAAGUGCAUAUGCUUUAAAUCUCUCACUGCUGAAAUCUACUCAGUAAAUCAGUAACGGGUGCCAGACCCAGCAGAGCUGGGAUUGUUUUGACAAUAGAGAAGAAAACACACUGAGUGUGCUUAAUUUAGCACUUAAUCUUUCAAAGCUAUUCUGACAAUUCUGUCUUAAAUAUGAAGAAAGAAUACAUGAAUGCAUUGAUUUUUGCUGAGUACAACAACGUCUCAACAAAAGAAACUCUUCCAUUCAAAUGUUUUCAAGUGAAUCUUUUAAAGGUCUAGAGGCCAGAAGUAUGAAUGCCUUUUAGAUAUUUGCCUUCCCCACCUGACUCAAAUGAAGACUUGGUUGCAGAAUUAUGUUUUGUAUUCUCUUAGAAAUGGAGAACAUGUGGCCUUCCAAAUAUAGUUGAACACCAGCUCCCAGCAGUCACAGCCAUCAAGGAUGGUGGGAGUCCAGCAACACUGGAGAACCACUGGUUCCCCAUCUCUGCCGUAGUAUUUCUUGUUGACGAAGUAUUCCAUUUGAAUAGAGCAGCUUAGAAACAGUCCCAUGUGCUGAAGGUGGGCCCAUUAAGGCUGGACAAUAACUGGUUUUCAACAUCACAAUAUUUCACCAGUUAAUCAUUGUGAUAUAUCAAUAUAUCAUGAUGCCUGAAAUAAGGAUGGAACUGUGUAGAGGUGAACGGUUUUCAACAUUACGAUAUAUCACCAGCUGAACUUUGUGAUAUAUAACAAUGUCCAAAAUAAGGAUGGAGCUAUGUAAAGGCAUUAGCUGGUUUCACGGUUUUUCACACCCACACCCACACACUUCAGGAUUCACAAUAUAUUGACAGGUCAAAAAUUAUGAAACCAAUAUCACAAUAUGGACUUCAAACCGUUUUUUGAACAACCUUAUCAAUAUAUCACCAGCCCUAGGGCCUGUAUAAUAGAUUUUGGAGGGGACCAAGGACCAGAGUGUCCAAACUGUGAACUAGUAUCUAUGUUAUCCACUCAAGAUAGACCCACUGAAAUCAAUAAAGUUAAUCGUGAGCGAAAAGCAUUGGUUUUAAUGGAGUUACUCUUGAGCACACCCAGAGACAAGAUGAGGAGGGAACAUUGUUGGACCAAGAUUCAUCCUAAUGAAUUUCAUUCAUAUUUAAUGCAGUUAACUGAGCAAAUGGUUUGUAUAGUGGUAAUGAAAACAUGAUGAAAAUGGAAUAUAAUUAAUAUGUACAAGAACUGAAAUAAGUUUGGGAGGGGUCUCUGAAGCAAAUUCUGUAAAUUAAGAAUGUACUUAAAACUAGUGUGGUUCAGUGAAAUGCUGUAUUAAAUUCAAACUCGGCUCAGACUCACGAACUUUAGGUGCUCUCGAGCAAAUUACUAUCUUCUGCCUCAGUUCCUAUAUUGCUAAAUGGAAUGGCAUUAAAUAGGUAACAAGGUGUGGGUAAAGAUUGGGUAACAUUUAAUAUGUUGAAAGUACUAUGUAAAUGAUGCUGAUAAUAUUUGCAGAAUCACUAUUUGACUUUUAUUUCUUUGUGUUUGACAGAAAUCUCCAAGGCUGUUACAAGAGGGAGCACGGACACAGUUAAAGGUGUGAAACGUAAAAAGAUUGUAACUGAGAAUCACCUGACGAAAAUACCAAAAUCGCCUUUGAGAACUCCAGCUCGGGCAAAGCCUAAAGAAAAAGUAGAAGAGCCUUCUUCAUUGUCUAACAUCCUUCCUGAUACUUCAGAGCUCCUAAAAGAAGUGCACAGUUUGGCAACGCAGAAUGGGAAACAAAACAAACAAAAUGAGGGGGUGCUUAGCAGUGAGGUAGCUAUUAAAACGUCCAAAUCUGAGACUUCGGUGCACCCCAAAUUGUCUCUGUUACCUCAAUCCUUGGACUUGAAUAAAUGGCCAGUAGAAGACCACAGUUCAUCCCAGUUAAACUUACCGGUGAAGAAGGGUUCCACUAGCUCAAGCGCAGCCAAGGCUGACAAUAAUGAAUGUAUUACUUUUGUUGAUUGUAGUCAUUCAUCCUCAUGUACAAAUACUGCAUUCGAUGUCUUACUGAAAGCUAUGGAGCCUGAGCUGAACACCUUAGCACAAGAGUGCCCUUUCAGUGGGAUGCAAAUAGAAAAACUGAGACCAAAUAAAACUGCAAGCGCCUCUUCUUGUCUCACAUCCAAUACACUGAGUGUCCAAAGUCAUGCUGCUUUGGUGCAGCCAGAAUUUGUAGCUGGAUCUCAAUUUCUUCCUUGCACUUCACAGACUGUGCAUGUAGCAACAUCAGGGAAGAGUGAACAAGCACAGAUGCCCUCAGUUGAUCACUCACAAGAGCAAGUUCUUGCUAAAGCUGGGCAACAAAACCAACAAAUUGCUCCAUGUCAGAGCUUCACUAAUUCUCUGGUGCAACAGCCGAACCUGGAAAAUCUCAAACUCCAGAAUAUAUAUAGCAUAGCAGUAACCUCUUCAAUAAUGAGCCCCCAAUCCUCUGUUACUCAGGCUUUUUCUCAAAACCAGCUAGUAGCAAAAUCUCCGUUGUCAGUUCAUCCCUCUAGCUCUACCACCCAGUUAUCUAUAGCUCCCUUGUACAACUCAGCCCAGAUAGCUUCAGUUGUCAGCCAUGGUGCAGAACAAAUAUGUAACCUUCUAAAAGUCCAGAAGCCUAAAAAACUAGGGAAAUAUGUCUGUGAGUAUUGUAACAGGGCUUGUGCCAAGCCCAGUGUUCUCCUAAAGCACAUCCGCUCCCACACAGGAGAACGACCAUAUCCUUGUGAGACUUGUGGAUUUUCAUUUAAGACCAAAAGCAAUCUGUAUAAGCACAAGAAGUCUCAUGCUCAUGCUAUCAAACUUGGACUUGUCCUCCAGCCAGAUUCUAGUGGGUUUCUCUCCCAUGAAUCUGACAAAGCACUUAGCAUCCAUUCAGAUGUGGAAGAAAGUGGUGACAGUGAUGAUGAAGGCACAGCUGAUGAAAGACAAGAAGACCAAGGAUCAUUAGAAAUUGAACCUGUGCAUGUAGUGAAAAUACCUUCCAAUUCUGACUCAUUGCACAAAGGUAGUCCCAUUUCUUUAAGAAAUCCGGAAUAUAUGCUGGAUGACUCCUCAUUUCAGGACUCAUCUGUGCAACCAAGGACAGCUUUACCCAAGGUGAUCGUUUGCCCUGUUAACGUAUCUCCUUUGAGAUCAGAUAGCCCCAAAGUAGCAGAUCCCACCUCUACACUUUCUAAAACACAACAACAAGGGGACUUGAAAGUAACAAAUGUGAAACCAAAUUUAACACAUGUGCUGGUAAAUGACUCUGAUGCUAAGCAACAUCAGAAAACUGAAACAAGCGUUUCCGAGGAACAGCUUGGGACCCCUGUAGGGACAGCAAUACAUGCGCAACUACAAAGACAGCAGGCGACAGAUUGUUCUCAGGAUCAGCAAGUAAAAUGUCUCUUGAGCCCCAGAAGUUUAGGUAGCACUGAUUCAGGCUACUUUUCACGUUCAGAAAGUGCAGAUCAGACCAUGAGUCCACCAGCUCCAUUUAUGAAAGGAUUGCCUUCUUCCGAAAAAGACUCAAGUAAAAGUUGUGUGCCACGAAUGAGCACUACUGUGGCAUCUGUUGUGCAGACCAUUUGUGCUGACAAGACCUUGCUUUCAUCUGGCCAGAUGAGACCACCUCUGGCCACAAAAAUGCUUGAAGAACGCAUUUCAAAGAUAAUAUCUGAUAAUGAGGCUGUAGUGGAUGACAAACAGUUGGAUAGUGUGAAGCCACGGAGAACAUCCCUUUCAAGAAGAGGUAGUAUUGAUUCUCCAAAAUCCUACAUUUUUAAAGACUCAUUUCAGUUUGACCUAAAGCCUAUGAGUAGAAGGACUAGCUCAAGCUCUGAUAUACCAAAGUCUCCUUUUACACCUACUGAGAAGUCAAAGCAGGUUUUUCUGCUGUCUGUACCAACUCUUGACUGUUUACCUAUAACCAGAAGUAAUUCUAUGCCAACUACCAGUUAUUCAGCUGUACCUACAAAUGUAAUACCUCCCCCUCAUCCCCUACGUGGAAGUCAGUCUUUUGAUGAUAAAAUUGGCUCCUUGUAUGAUGAUGUCUUUGUGCCAGGACCUGCUACUCCACAGCUCCAAGGCGGACACCCUCGCACCCUUGUUCGGCAAGCAGCAAUCGAAGAUUCUUCAGUCAGUGAAGGGCAUACUUUUGGACAAACACGAUCUGUAGAUGAAAGUUAUGGAUGCAACACAUCAAGUGAAUUUUUAAUGUCAAGAAGCAAAUCAUUUGUACAAGGGUCAACUAUGGAUAAAAAAAAGUCACAGCAAGGCCGAGGGACAAUGUUUGAGUGUGAGACUUGCAGAAACAGAUAUAGAAAACUGGAAAACUUCGAAAACCACAAAAAGUUCUAUUGUUCAGAGUUACAUGGACCAAAAACCAAGGCAGCUAUACGAGAUUCUGAGCACAAGACGGUCUUGAACAGUACACAACCCCAAAUUCUUCACUAUCGAGUUGCCACUUCAACCGGUGUCUGGGAGCAGACAUCUCAGAUAAGAAAAAGGAGGAAAAUGAAAAGUGUGGGAGAUGAUGAUGAUGAACUGCAGACAAAUGAUACAAGUAGUAGUUUGUCAAAGAGCAUAGCUGGGUCAGAGUGUCAAAACAAACUCGGAAAUACCAUCAGUGUCUCCAAACACACUGCCGCUGUUUUAGGUUCACAUAGUAUUUCCCUACAAAAACUGGCACAAGAUGAGCUGGAGACUCAUGGCGCAGAGCAGACUGUGGGGCCAAAGAUGAUGUUGCAUGGGGAGAAGCAGGCUGUUCCAGUGGCACCAGAAAAAAAAGAACUGAAAAGACAAGGGGCCGGGAUUUCAGUAAUUCAGCACACAAACUCCUUAAGCAGACCUAGUUCAUUUGAAAAAUCAGAUUCAUUUGAAAGGGUAUCACCAGUUUCCCUUCAGGAUGCUAACAAAGCUGUGAAGCUCCAUUCCUUGAGUACCAUUAUAGCUCAAGAGGAGAAGCAUUCUCUCCUGAGUGCCUCCCACCGUCCUCAAGUAGCAGAAGCCUCAAGAGUUCAGCUGCAUGAACGUCAAGUCACUUCUAAUGAAAAGAGUGCACCAAUGCAACCACUAAGACUUGUUCGCCAGCAUAACAUCCAGGUUCCUGAAAUACUGGUGACAGAGGAGCCUGAUAGAGAUCAGGAAAGCCAAUGCAGUGAUCAGGACAAGACAGAAAAAUUUAACUGGCCGCAGCGUAGUGAAACCUUAUCAAAGCUACCCACAGAAAAACUUCCACCCAAAAAGAAAAGAAUUCGCUUGGCUGAAAUGGAGCAUUCUUCUGCUGAGUCGAGCUUUGAAUCUACGCUUUCUAGAAGUCUCAGUCGGGAGAGUAGCUUGUCACGUGCAUCUAGUUUCUCAACUUCUUUUGAUAAAGAUGAUGUAUCUAAGAAUGAGGGUGCUUCCAAAGCAGAGCCUACAAAUAAAUCCUUGGAAUUUCUUACAAUUCCUACAAGUUCAAAUACGCUUAGUGUGCCUGGUCCUCAUUUCAGAGAAAUGCGACGUGCUGCUUCUGAGCAAAUUAACUGCACCCAGCCGUCCAUGGAAGUUGCCGAUUACAGAAGCAAGUCAUUUGACUGUGGAAGUGCAGUUCCAUCCAGGCCUGCCUCACUUCUAGAGAUAUCUACUUCUAAACUGACUUCUGGCAGUGGACAUGUACCUUUGUUAGAAAGGAGAAGGGGCCCCCUUGUGAGACAAAUAUCUUUAAAUAUUGCUCCAGAAAAGAAUCAGCCUGAUGUCAUGUCAAGUACUUCUUUUCAAAUAAGUCCUGCAACAGAUAUUUCUUCAGUGUCCUUGCAGAGGUUGCAGGGCUCUGGGAAACCCGAGGAAUUGUCUUCAAGUUCUCAGCACCCCCAGACUUACAUCAAGCCUUUGCGUGAGUCACAGUCAGUGAAGAGCAACAACUCUCUUAACCCGCCUUCUAGUGAACGGUCUUUAGGCUCUAGUUUACAUCAUCCUGGUCAGCAAGCUUCACUCAGUCAGUAUUCCCAAUCAGCUUUCAAGGGAUCAGCACUUGGAACUCAGAAAAGCAUGAGCAUGGUUGCUGGUCAGCAUAGUAUGCAAGAAGACUGUUUUGCUCCCAAAUAUCAGCUUCAAGUUAAAGCAUUGCACGUAGGAAAGCAAUAUCCUUUAGGUCUUCCAGGUGCAGCUGGCACAGAGCAGACUGGGUCUUCAUUAGAAAUACAUACUAAACUGAACGACAAAGUGUCCAAGCAAUAUGUGGCGCCACCCUUGCAACGAACUGCUCCCGAUAAUUGCAGUGGUGGGAUGUAUCAUGUUGCGCCCUUCAUCCCUGUGCGCAUUCACAGUAAUAUUCCAUCGUAUGGUUUGGCUGCUGUUGCACCCCUUCCUCAAAUUUUGGUAACACGAGAUCAGGUAAACCAGUCUCUCUGUCAAAUAAACACUGCAUCAGUGCCAACAGUCAAAGAUCAAACUCAGCUGCCAAAAUCCCACAAAGAUCAUCUGAGGUGUUUGCCAAAUUCGCAGCCAGCAUCUGUGUUUGAAAAUCUGAUUUGUGAGAUGGAAAGCAAAAAUUCAGCUUCCCUGGGGUCCUCAAAUAUGAUUCAGAAAGUGCCAGUUGGUGGACUUUUCCCUCAGCAGGAAGCCACAGCCUCAAGUAAGCGCAUGCUCUCGCCAGCCAAUAGUUUAGACAUUGCCAUGGAAAAACACCAGAAGCGUGUUAAAGAUGAAAGUGGAGCUGCUUGCACUACAGGUGCUAUGUCACUGCAUCCUUUGACCGUAAAGGCUAGCGAACCUAACAAGCAAAAAAAGCCACUCUUAGUGCGGCAGAUCUGCACAGUUGAGCCCCUUGAAGGUUUCUCAUUAGAUCAAGAUGAUAAAAGCACUGGAGCUGGUAAUUCGCCAGAUCUUCUGCUGCCUGGUUCAGCUGGAUCUGCUCGGUGUGGGGCUUCUUCACUCAUAAAGGAGCCUUUAGAAUAUGAUAACCCAUUGAUCUCUGAAACUGGAAGGUUUGCAGUCAGAAAGUCAGCUGAAUCUACUUCACUGAAUAUUCAGACUUCCUUUCUAAAGGUUCCAGAUAACAGUCAAGAGAGGAUGUCCCCAGAAGUGAAUGAUGAUAAGCAGUCCAGUGUUUUGAGCCAAACAAAAUCUGGAGCCGCUUUGUCCGUCGUGAAUGCGGAUGAUAUACAGCGAUUAUCUUUUCCAAGCCUAAAGACUACAACAAACUUUACAUGGUGUUACUUGUUAAAAAGGAAGCCUGUGCACCUGUUGCAAAAUGACCAAAAGACUUCAGUUUAUUCUUCUUGGUCUGUCAGUCCUGACAAUCCCAAUCCACUUGGUUUGCCGACAAAACUUGCUCUUUCCCUUCUGAAUUCAAAACAGAAAGCUGGAAAACCAUCUUAUACUCUAGCAAUAAGUACCAACUUCAGAUCCGACAUACUGGUCUACUCAAGCAAGUGGAAGAACAACUUACUUAAGGUACUAUGCAUAAAACAUUUAUUUUAAGAGGGGGGAAUUCAAGUGUUUAUACUAAAGUAUUUAUAUAAGCUCUUUAAAAUGAGGGUAACUUAUUUGCAUUUGGGAGGAAAACUCGUUGAACUCUGUUGGUGCAUUGUUAAUACUGCUUUAUUGCAUCACUAUAUAAAUGUUGAGCUAUCUUUACCUAGCUAAAAUUUUAGAGGUUUAUCACAUCUCAUGAAAGCCAUAUCCUAAUUUUAAAAAUUGUGCAGAAAGCCAGGUGCUUCUGCAAAGAGCUUUUGGAUAUUGUUUGGACACUUGAAAUUCCCAAAAGAGCUAAUAUUAUUCUUUAAAAUUCCUCUAUUGAAUUUCAUGGAAUGUAAUGUUAAGGUGUCUCAUACUUCUUCACAGCUCAUUUCCCCACAGGGCAAGGCCUACACACAGUGACACAUAACUGAGAUCCUUUAGGAAUAGCAGUGUUCUGUCAUGUCAGAACUGCAGAGGAGUUUUCUGUAUGAACACUUCAUUGGGGUCAAGAGGUUUAGCUACAUGAACCUCAGAGAAGAGGAAAGUUUUAGUUGCACUAAAAUGCAAUAGGCGUUUUGUGCAUAUAGCUAAAACAAGAUUGACUUUCUGCUUUGAGUCUGUGCAACAAAAAGCAUGCAUGGGCUGCUUUUCUUUAAAAUAUUUUAUUAUUGGGGCUUAAUGAAGGUUACAUCUUAUUAUAGUACUGUACUGCGUUGGCUUGAAGAAAAAUUGUAUAAAGAGAGAAGAUUUUGGGGGGAGUAUUAUUGAAUAGAAUUUAUUUUAGAGAGAAAUGUGGGCAUUAAUUUUGAAGCUGGUAGAAUAGAUGAAUGAAAAUCCCUGCCUGAUCCUAAAAAAACCCCCAAAGUUGGAUUUUUAGGUUUUGAAAACUAGUGGGACAGUGAAAUCCCUUUCUGCAUUCAUUCACUUGCACUCACAGAAGGAAUUCCUGCAUCCAAUGAUCCCCAUCCAUCCUUUUAUAUUUACUUCAUCCCAAUAUCUAAUAUUCCAAUAACUGUAUUUACGUCAUGUAAUCUGUCACUUGUGGAACUUCCAUUGAAUAAGCCUCUCUUCUGCGCUUAUGUUUAUUAUUUUCUGACCCAGUCUAAUACUUCACCUGCAGAUCUUACAACACGAGGAGUAGCAUCUAAAACUAUGUAUUUCCUUGUAGUAGGAUGUGCCAUUUAGGGAUUUUGAAGGAAUGACCAGACCUCACACAAGGUCCAGAAGCCUAGAUAGAAAUGCUCUACAAAUGCAAUAGGAAAUUCACAUUGUACACUUGGAGCAUUUCUUGACUUUGGAAAAGAAUAGGGCAGGCCCUGCAUACACAAAGCUAGAUGUUCACCAGAGUACAAGAGCUGGUGAAUCUUAGCAGUAAAACACAGUUAUUGAUAAUGGGUGUCAUUAGUUCAUUUCCUAGUGCAAGUCUGAAAAUGGAAGAAGAGAAUUUAAGCUCUCCUUCAAAUAAAUCUAUAAAAAAUGCUGUUUUGAAGCUUCUCUAAAUGGAGAAAAACCUUCUUUCAGAAACUACCUGCAGUUUUUCUGCCAGAGCCAUAUGCUGUAUCUUUGAAUGUGGGCCUUUGUUGUAUUUCACUAUCAGAUAAACAUAUUUUUUACAAGUUUGGGUGGAACAUGCCAAAUUUCUCACUAGCUAUGUUUUCCAGAUAGCUGGGAUGACAAAGUUUCACUGGUACUGCUAAUAUCAAGCAGCUGAAACUAGAAGCUAUCAGUUAAUAUUAACAUGUGAGCUUCGAAAUAAAGAGAUGCGAAAAAAUAAUUGUAAGAUUCUUUUGUCUUCCAUUUUCAAAGCUUCAUAUUUGUAAGAUAUUUUCAACAUCCCUAAAGGGUAGAAACUUGUCUAACUAAAACAGAUGUCUUUAAGAUUCUAAAGAGAGAUUUUCAAGUACACAUCCAACAUAAAUUUCCCCUACCUCAGAAAAAAAAGUGUGGUAGUCUGAUGCGUAUGAACAGCAGCGAAGCUUUCCAGAUCUUACUUCUGACUAUGCACAUUUAAAGACUGUGCAUCUGUUGUCAUUGCAACUAUUUAAGGGUUUUUCAGAAUGCAAACAGGGAAAUUUUUAUAGAAUCAUAGAGUUGGAAGAGACCACAAGGGCCAUCGAGUCCAACCCCCUGCCAAGCAGGAAACACCAUCAGAGCACUCCUGACAUAUGGUUGUCAAGCCUCUGCUUAAAGACCUCCAAAGAAGGAGACUCCACCACACUCCUUGGCAGCAAAUUCCACUGUCGAACAGCUCUUACUGUCAGGAAGUUCUUCCUAAUGUUUAGGUGGAAUCUUCUUUCUUGUAGUUUGGAUCCAUUGCUCCAUGUCCGCUUCUCUGGAGCAGCAGAAAACAACCUUUCUCCCUCCUCUAUGUGACAUCCUUUUAUAUAUUUGAACAUGGCUAUCAUAUCACCCCUUAACCUCCUCUUCUCCAGGCUAAACAUGCCCAGCUCUCUUAGCCGUUCCUCAUAAGGCAUCGUUUCCAGGCCUUUGACCAUUUUGGUUGCCCUCCUCUGGACACGUUCCAGUUUGUCAAUGUCCUUCUUGAACUGUGGUGCCCAGAACUGGACACAGUACUCCAGGUGAGGUCUGACCAGAGCAGAAUACAGUGGCACUAUUACUUCCCUUGAUCUAGAUGCUAUACUCCUAUUGAUGCAGCCCAGAAUUGCAUUGGCUUUUUAGCUGCCGCGUCACACUGUUGGCUCAUGUCAAGUUUGUGGUCAACCAAGACUCCUAGAUCCUUUUCACAUGUACUGCUCUCAAGCCAGGUGUCCCCAUCUUGUAUUUGUGCCUCUCAUUUUUUUGCCCAAGUGCAAUACUUUUACAUUUCUCCUGUUAAAAUUCAUCUUGUUUGUUUUGGCCCAGUUCUCUAAUCUGUCAAGGUCGUUUUGAAGUGUGAUCCUGUCCUCUGGGGUGUUAGCCACCCCUCCCAAUUUGGUGUCAUCUGCAAAUUUGAUCAGGAUGCCCUUGAGUCCAUCAUCCAAGUCGUUGAUAAAGAUGUUGAAUAAGACCGGGCCCAAGACAGAACCCUGUGGCACCCCACUAGUCACUCUUCUCCAGGAUGAAGAGGAACCAUUGAUGAGCACCCUUUGGGUUCGGUCAGUCAUCCACUGAGUGUUAGCAUAGUCAAGACCACAUUUUACCAGCUUCUUUACAAGAAUAUCAUGAGGCACCUUGUCAAAUGCCUUGCUGAAAUCAAGGUAGGCUACAUCCACUGCGUUCCCUUCAUCUACCAGGCUUGUAAUUCUGUCAAAAAUCGAGAUCAGGUUAGUCUGACAUGACUUAUUUUUCUGAAAUCCAUGCUGACUAUUGAUGAUCACAGCAUUCCUUUCUAGGUGCUCACAGACUGUUUGCUUAAUGAUCUGCUCCAGAAUAUUCCCUGGUAUUGAUGUCAGACUGACUGGGCGGUAAUUAUUUGGGUCCUCUCUUUUCCCUUUUUGAAAAUAGGGACAACAUUUGCCCUCCUCCAGUCUGCCGGGACUUCGCCUGUUCUCCAGGAAUUCUCAAAGAUGACUGCCAGUGGUUCUGAGAUCACAUCUGCCAGUUCUUUUAAUACUCUUGGAUGCAGUUCAUCUGGCCCUGGAGACUUGAAUACAUCUAAACUAGCCAAGUAUUCUUGUACUAUCUCCUUAGUUAUUCUGGGCUGUGUUUCCUUUGCUGAAUCAUUUGCUCCAAAUUCUUCAGGUCGGGCAUUGUUUUCUUUAUCGGAGAAGACUGAGGCAAAGAAGGCAUUGAGGAGUUCAGCUCUUUCUGUGUCCCCUGUUUGCAUUUCACCAUCUUCUCCUCUGAGUGACCCCACUGUUUCUUUGUUCUUCCUUUUGCUACGAACAUACCCAUAAAAGCCUUUGUUGUUGCUUUUAACCUCUCUAGCAAGCCUGAGGUCAUGGUGUGCGUUUGCUUUGCUGAGUUUGUGUCUACACGUGCUGGGUUUUUGUUUGAAUUCCUCUUUGGUGCUUCCCCCUUUUCCAUUUUUGUACACAUCCUUUUUAAUCUUAACUCAGUUAAAAGUUCUUUAGAUAGCCACCCUGGCUUCUUUAGGCACCUUCCAUGUUUCUGUCUCAUUGGUAUUGCCUGACGUUGUGCUUUUAGUAUCUCCCUCUUAACAAACUCCCAGCCAUCAUGAACUCCCUUUCCUUUUAGUAUUACUGUCCAUGGGAUCUCACCCAGCACUUCCCUAAGUUUUAUGAAGUCAGCUUUCUUAAAGUCAAGAAAUUGAGUCCUAGUAUGCUUGGCUGCUCCUUUCUGCUGUAUAGUAAACUUCAGAAGAGCAUGAUCACUCGCGCCUAAUGAUCCUUCCACUUCUACCCCACUAACCAGGUCAUCAACAUUGGUUAGGACCAGAUCUAAAAUGGCUGUUCCUCUUGUUGCUUCUCCACUUUCUGGACAAUGAAGUUGUCUGCAAGGCCAGUGAGGAAUCUGUUUGACCUUAUGCUCUUGGCUGAGUUUGACAUCCAACAAAUAUCCGGGUAAUUGAAGUCCCCCAUUACUACUAUCUCCCUUCCUUUUGCAUGCUUGGCCAUCUGUUCCAGGAAGGCAUCAUUUAUGUCCUCCGUUUGGCUUGGGGAUCUAUAGUAAACUCCCACAAUGAGGUCACUGUUAUUCUUCUCUCCCUUAAUUUUGACCCAAAUGCUCUCACUUUGGCUUUGAGGUUCUAAAUCUUGGAUCUCUUCACAGGUAUACACAUCCCUGACAUAUAACGCCACUCCUCCUCCUUUCUUGUCUGGUCUGUUUCUCUGAAAUAGAUUGUAUCCCCCAUUAUUACAUUCCAAUCGUGGGACUUAUCCCACCAGGUUUCAGUGAUGCCUAUUAUGUCAUAUUUAGUUUGCUGUACCAAGAGCUCAAGCUCAUCUUGUUUAUUUCCCAUGCUUUGCGCAUUAGUGUACAGACAUUGAAGUCCAUUAUUCAUUCCCCCGUGACUCUUAUUUAAGGAUUUUUCCUCCCACCACUAGGUCUGUGUGCUGUUUGCUCCAUUUGGUCUAUGACAUUUGGAUGAUCAUCUUCAUCAAUUGAUAGACUCCUACCUUCAGGAGCACUGUCUCCCUCCCCCACAUUAGUCAGUUUAAAGCCCUCCUGAUGAGGUUUCUGAGAUUUUUGGCAAAAACAUUUCUCCCAACCAUUGUGAGGUGCAGCCCAUCGCUUGCCAGAAGUCCAUCUUCAAGAAACUGCAGUCCGUGAUCUAAGAAUCCAAACCGUUCCUGUUUACACCAUUUGCGAAGCCAGCUGUUCACUUCCACUAUUUUCCCUCUCUCCCUGGGCCACGUCGUUCAACUGGGAGGACAGAUGAGAUCACAAUUUGUGCAUUUAAUUGCUUCAAUUUCCUGCCCAGAGCCUCGUAGUCUCUUUUGAUCUUCUGGAGGCUAUUGCUUGCAGUGUCAUUGGUUCCCACAUGAACCAAGAGGAAGGGAUAUUUGUCAGUGGGUUUUAUGAUUCCUUGCAGUCGUUCAGUUACAUCUUGGAUCUUAGCCCCGGGGGAGACAGCACACUUCCCGAGACAUCUUGUCAGGCCCACAGAUCACUGCUUCUGUUCCCCUCAGUAGGGAAUCCCCUAUCACCACUACACGCCUCCUCUUAGGUUUGGUCGGGGUUCUUCCGUGAGCUGUCCGCUCCAAGGUCGCCUGCACAUUCCCUGAGGACUGACUUUGCUGCUCGUCUUCAUAUACCUGAUCGACUGUAAUGAGGGAGAGAUCCUCAAAUGGAGUCUGCUCUUCGUCUUCCAUGCUAGGGGAGAGGACCUCAAAGCGAUUGUGUAUUUCUAAACAAUCAGAGCGAACCCUGGGCCUCCUACUUCUUUGAGUCACGUUUCUCCAUAUAUCUGGCUCCUGUGUUGGUGAAUUAGCAUUGUAACCAGUUAUAAAGUAUAGCUAUGGACCAUGAAUGCAGAAGAGAAUUUUGGGGUGGGCAAAAUCUUAAUUUUGUAUACAGAGCUUGUUCAGACAUAAUCUUUGAGUAAGAGAUCAGGAGUGGCUCACACAUAUCAUCUCCUGAAUGAAGUAGCCUUUUCUCAUGCAGUUUUAGAUAUGUUGGAGCCAAUGUUAGCUGAAGCGAAGAUUAAUUAAGUUCCUCACUUAACCAAGGUCCUUAACCUGCUUCAAUCCUUGUUAAGCAAAAACAAAACCUGGCUUCAUUUGUUCAGUUAAUUUUUGUCCCAUUCACAGUAUUUAAGAGAUGAGAAAAGGAAUAUAACCACCUCUGUUUUGGCCUGAAAAGUUAUCAGCUAUUGAUGCUCAAGACAAAUUUAUUUGAGAUGUGGAAUAGUUGACCAAAAAAGUCAACAUAACACACUUGCAGCCUGGUCAUGUAACCCCUAAAAAUAUUUGCCCUGAUUACUUGAAUCUUAACAAGGUGGUGUAAAAAUGAACAUUACUGGUGCUUUACAUGAACAGUUCAUUUUUUGUGAUGUUUCAUUUUCUGAAACCAUGUGUAAGUCUCAGUAGUGUUGUUAAAGUUUAUAUAUUGCUGCAUGAAAUUUCCUGUAUUGGUUGGUAUAGUCCAACAGUGGAGAACCUCAGGCCCAUGGGGAUCCUAAUUUAAUGCACAAGACCAUUUCCCCCAAACCUGAUAUCAUAUGUGACAUCAGCUACGCAGUAGCAAAAAGAGCAUGUUCCUAGUUGAUGUUCACAGCUAUCCCCAUCAGUAUAAGUCAUACCAUUGAAAUGUACAACAUGUACAGUAUGGUUAGCACUUAAUGUCUAAUUCACUACAAGGCAUCAAAAGUUUGUGCUCUACAUUGACUUGAGGUUUAUGCUUCCUGUGAUCUUUCUGCUAUCUGUUCAGAAGAUGGAAAUCCAUGAUGACCUAUUCUUCUGAAUCCAACAAACCAGGAUUUCUUGUCUACAUUGUCACUAGAUGUCUCAUAAACAAUUUUGUGAUGCUGGAUGCAGAGCUAAGUCCAUGGGGAGAUAGCCAGUGUUACUGAUAUUCAGACUAGACCCAUUGAAAUAAAUGGAUUUAAGUUACUUGUCUAUUAAUUUCAACAGGUUUGUUGAAUGACAAAUAAUUGGCCAUUUUACAGUCACGGAGGGAUUAUAAGGAUUAGUUUUCAGAUGAUAAAUGCUUGUCAGUGUAGAGUUUGUCCAGUACAAAGAGAAAUGAUGGGGGGGGGAGGCGUCAAUCAAGGAGAAUACUAUGUGGUUGCCACCUAGUGGCCACAAGGCAAAAAUGGAAUCUAUUUAAGUCAUCCAAGAUCCUUAUCCAUUAUAAUAACCAUCAAGAACUUCAUAUGGCAAAGCAUCACAAGACAAAGGAGGUCCUUUAUGGGCAUUAUAAGGAAUAAGGAGCAUGGAGGACUUAAACAGGUUCCAAUUCUUCUCAAGAAACACUUUUAGCCCACCAAAUGCCUACUGGAUCAGAACACGCCAUUAGUUUGCAUCAAGGUCACUGGCCUUAGCAGGAGGAGAAAACUAUUCACAACUAGAAUGUAAAGAGUUAGCAGUGUUUUCUGCUGAAAAGAAAUCCCAUUCGUAUCUAGAUCGCAGGUGUUUUGUCAUACAAUCUGAUCAUAAACCUCUUCAGGGUCUGCAGGGAGAGAACAAGCCAGUGCUGUCUGCUAGAAUCCCAAGAUGGGCUUGACGUUGUCUGCAUAGGACUACUAUAAGCCAGGUCAAGCCCUGGGUAAUGCUGAUCCCCUUAGCAGAUUUCCACUGCCAGAUAGAUCAAAGCCAGUACCUCAGCCUGCUGAAACUGUUUUUCUUAUUGAACUACUAUCCACAUGCCUGAUCGAUCCCGCAAAGAUUAAACGGGUGACUGACCAAGAUUCUCUGUUAUUUAGAGGGUGAAGAUAAUUAAUGGAUGGAUUGCGGGGGGGGGGGGAGCACAUAUUAACACCCUAACUAUCAGCAUAGGGAGUCACUGGCUAUCCUGGAUGGAUGAAUAUUAUUGGGCUCGCAGAUAGUUGUACUACCAGUGCUACACAAUUUCUGCUGUGCUGAAUUUGUUGUAUGAAGUCCAUCCUGGCAUUGUUUGAAGAGAGUAGCAUGUAGUUUAUGUGUAGUGGCCAGGAAUAGACCAGCAGAUUGAGGCAGGAGUGCAGUGGUGUGGUGCUUGUCAAUCUUUCCAUCAAACUCCUUCAAAAGCACCCUUACACCCAAGGGAAUGAUAAUAAUGACCUUGGGCAAGACUUCACAUUGAUUAUGCCAGUCCACAGCCUCUGCAUCAGAUCGUACAACUGUUUCAGGUGUGUCUGUGAGACACACUCAGAGAUAGAACAUCUGGAUGAGCCAGAAACACUCCCAGUUACACUAUGCCAUUCAGACAGAAUCCCCAAGCCCAGGGAGAGGUUGCAUUUAUAAAAACAAGGGAAUUUGUGGGUUUAGACCAAUGUCUCGUAUUUAGGAAAUUAUUAUUUUUUUGUUCUGUUUUUCCCACUGCCUUCUGUAUUCUUACUGCCAAUAUAUAGAUUACAGUAUAUGUUGACAUAAACAAAAGGGGAAGGAGUGUAAGAUAGCUUUAUGUGGUUGCUACCUAGUAGCCCCAAUUCAAAUGUGUUUCUUGAGGAGGGUUGGAGCUGAGCAUGUUCAGGGGGUGUGUCCUUGGGAGUGGUUCCAAGAUAGAUGCUAGACUGAAAACUCUAGAACUGUAAAACAGACUGAAAACUGCAGAUCAAACUGUUUUUGUUUUUUUAUUUGUAUAGCCUAAAUGCAGUAUAUUAAACAUAAUUUACUUUCUUAUAUGACUGGUAUGCUAAUUUUCUCUGGCAGUAGAUAUAAGCUUGAAAAACUGCAUUGGGGGAUCUCUCCCCCCCCCCCCGUAACUCCUAAAUCAUGUACAGACGGCUACUUCUGGGCAAAAACAUAAACACAUGUUCUUUCAAGUAUAUAACCAUAUAAACAUUUUUGUAAUUACUUUCUCUUCCUGUUCUCCCUCUAAUGAGCAUAUUGAAUUGGGUGUAGCAAUUGUCACAAAAAUAAAACUUAGUUGUAUUGUCAACACAUAAACAGCUGUGCCUGAAAAUGGUAAUCUUCAACUCCUAUUUUGCCAGAUACUCACUAGCAAUACUAGUUUAGUAGAUACCUUAAUCUGCUUAUAAUAAGAAAUGUAACAAUUUACAUUUUUUUCAGCGGGCAUUAGUUAAACAAAAGGCAGCAAGGGAAUUCAGCAAUAAAGAAAACUCUGAAAUAAGCACUGAUCAAGAUAAUGAUAAUUCCUUAGCCAAAAGUGAGCCAAGAAGAGUGAAAAUAUUUGAUGGAGGGUAAGUAUUCCCCCCUAAAAGUAAUGCAGUAUUUUAUUAAUAUUUUGUAUGGAAGUCAUUAUCUCCUGGUAGCUCAGUAGAAAAAGGUGUUAAUGUGAGCCUGAUUAGAUCAUGAUCCAGAUUCUACUCAAAAUGGUUUGGUAUGUUCAAAAUUACUUGCUCCACAGUAUCCCCUGCCUCCCAUCCCUGGCCUUGGUUCAGCAAAUCUCCCAUCCACAUAGCUAUUUUUCUCUCCUGGUGUUUUAACACUUAAUUCUUCAAACUGAAUUUUUAGUGAGCUUGGAGUCAAAUAUCCCAAAUGAAAACCAAAACAUCAAGAGCUUUAGUUAUGAACAACUAAUUUCCUACAAAUAUUUACCAGGUGAAACCAGAUCAUGACUACUUGCUUGGUAGGCCAUAGGUGAUUUAGAACAAAACAGAGUAAGUUGCCAUCUGUAGUCUGAGCCUUGGUUGCCUUGAUUUAUAAGCUCGUUCGAGACAGAGACAGAGAGUGUGUCGUCCUGUUGGUUCUCCUUGACCUCUCAGUGGCUUUUGAUGGUGCUGACAGUGGUGUUCUUCUGCACCGACUUGGAGGUGGUGGUUGGAGGAACAUGCAGCUCCCGCCAUCAGAACACUCAAUAUCUGCACAUUCCAUUAACUGAACAUAAAGAAUUGUGCCCAAACAUCGCUACAUGCAUGGCUGAUUCAGAUAUCCAAACAACCAGAGUUUGCCCCCUUCCUUACUUGUUUGUGCUUCACUGGUCAAUGGCAACUAUUUUCAAGCAGAAACCACAGAGAGAAGGAUGUGGGAGAGAGAACAGACACAUCAGGGAGUAGGAGAGAUCGGACAAAUAAGUUUCCCCCUCUUUUUUGCUGGUUGGCUGCAGCCAUUUUAGGAUGAAACCAUGGUGGGGGAGGGGAGAGAGAUCAUGGAUUAGAAAUGUUUCCAUUGGAAAUAAUGGAGAUUGUCAGCUCACCUAAUGUGAAUGCUCACCUAAUCAACAAUUUCCUGGGAACGCAUUGUGAUUAGAAAACGGGACCUGCAAACUAUAAGUGUGGUUUCUGCUCUUACCAGGAUCUCUACCAGAAACUAGUACUAGGAUAUUGUUGCUCGGCUUUUAGAAUGUGUGAUUUCACAUGGGUCCGUUCAGCUACCUAUGCUAGUUAACAUCUAUAUAAAACCUCUAGGAGCUGCCAUCCAGGGAUUUGGAAGAUGGUGACAUCAAAACAUUGAUAUGUGGCUCUCUCUUUCCAUUCUAUUGGAAUCAGAAGAAGUUGUUAAGGUGUUGGACUGUCUGUAGCAUGGGUAGGCAAACUAAGACCCGGAGGCUGGAUCCGGCCCAAUCACCUAAAUCCUGCUCACGGAUAGUCUGGGAAUCAGCGUGUUUUUACAUGAGUAGAAUGUGUGCUUUUACUUAAAAUGCAUCUCUGGGUUAUUUGUGGAGCAUAGGAAUUCAUUCAUUCCCCCCCCCCCAAAAAAUAGUCCAGCGCCCCCCCCCCACAAGGUCUGAGGGACAGUGGACCGGCCCCCUGCUGGAAAAGUUUGCUGAUCCCUGGUCUGUAGGCUGUGAAGGGCUGAAUCCUGUUAAGACAGAAGUGCUGUGGGUGGGUAGUUCCUGUGUCCGGGAAUUAGGGUGUGCGACCUGUCAUGCACUGUCGUUUGCAAUAGUUUGGUAUGUUUUGAUUAAAUUAGAUACAAGUCAAAUGAAGAAUAUGUCUAUGUUCGUGGGAGAGGAAGAGGAAAAUAUAUAUGUGAAGAAUGUGGAAUACGCUGUAAAAAGCCCAGUAUGUUGAAGAAACAUAUUCGCACGCACACAGACGUCCGUCCCUAUCACUGCAACUAUUGCAAUUUUUCCUUCAAAACUAAAGGUAAGUGAGCUUGUCAUGACUCAGAUUUUCUUUUUCAACCUGCUAACAAUUGCUUUUCCAAUAAGCCUGUUGGAAGUAUGAAAUAAAGCUGUUGGAACUUAAACAAAUUGCAAAAAUAAAAGGAGAGCCAGGUUGGCUUAUAAGAAAUAUUCCAAAACCUAGAGUAAGGGCAAUAUCUUUUUUAGGCCAGAUAAAAUGUAACACUUCCAAAUGCAAGCUUUCAAGUUCUCCAGAACUCCUCAUUAGAUCAGAUUGGGCAAGGUGGGAGGUAGGACGGGGUGGGGAAUGAGCAGUCAAAAGCCCUUUUGCAGGGAAGGUAGUAGAUGCAUACAGUACAUCCCGCAGGAAGGCAUUUUAACAUUUUCCGCCUUUGAGUUUCAUACUGGGGUAAAUUUGACUGACUUCCCUUUUCCUUCCUGACUGAUGCCUUGCCCAAGUACCCAGAUAGUUAUGAGGCCAAUGAAGACUGUGAAGUUUGCACGACCAGUUGUUGGGUCAAGGAUGUGUCCCAGAAGAGAAAAAGUUUGUCUUUUUCAAGGACAUGUUGUGUUUUAAUUGGCAGCAUGUACAGCUGCUAAGCAGACAUACCUUCAGAACUGGUUUUGAGAUAUCUUUUUUUUUGCAAAUAGGUUUAGAUUCUAGAUUUGUCACAUACUCAUUAUUUCAGGCUUGGAAAAGCCACUGUUUACCUUGUUUCUUAGUUUUCAUUGAACUGACCUUACUAAGACGUUUAUAAAUAAAAGGUCAUGAAUAUUGUACAACUCUUCUGCAUACUAGGAACUCAGUAUUAAAUCAUUCUGCCUCUACUCACGGAUUGUCGUGAGCAGAUUUAGCAGGCACUGGUGUUAAUGGCAUGCUUGUGUGCAUAUGCUCAACUAUAAGCCUAAAUAUUAAAAAAUAAAUUAAAAUGAUUUAAUUUUGAUGAAAUAGAUAUCAGGGCUUCAACAUAAUGACGUUUUGCUCAUGUCAAUAUUAAUAAUAAAGAUUGGCAUAUAUGUAACAUAAAUAUAAUAUAAACUGUACAUUUCAUACGAUUGUAGAUUAAUAUGCAUUCCAUAUCACUGUAAGAUUUGUUCUUAGAAUUAUUACACUGCCAUUCUCAGUAGAAUCUAAUGAAACUAUUCCAAAAGAGAAGUGCCACAAAAAUGGUUUGUAUGUAGCCUUCGCUGCCUUCCUUUACCAGCUUCCUGGUUAAAUUCUGUCCAAGCUCAAACUUACUAUGUUUAUGUAUGUACUUAACAAAAUGGACGUUGCAGCCGUUGGGCAAAAGUCAUUUUCUGACUUUCUGAACAAUACUUUCAUUCAUUGUUAAGUCACCAAACAAUAUAUCAAAUAUAUUAAAUCUUUGAAAGCUUCUAUUUGUAUCCAUGGGAGAAACAAGACACACCAUUACAUCAGUUCUUACCACAUCCAUCUUCUGCCAUUUUAGUAUAUGUUCAUUCAACAGCAGCAUGUCAGAAGAGAACGUGCCUAGCAAGUAUUUUACCACUAUUUGUCUCUUAGAUCAUUGUGGACUCUUACAAUGUUGUCUUUUGUUGAAAAUAGCAGAACAUCUGUUGAAGCUAUUUAUUGAUGCAAAUUGGAACUUGUUUUCCUAAAUUAUAUUACAUCUUGAAAAUCCUCAUUUAAAGAAGAAGAGUUAAUGCAUCGUUCUUAGGAAUGAAUACAAUAGUUUGACCAGGCAACAUUCUCUGAUAUAGCUUUCAGUGUUAAGACAUGUUGUCUACCACUGCACUUAGUUCCAUUUUCAAAGCCGAGCUGAAUCUAAAUUAACUUUAUUUAAAAGCCAAAGGGUUGAAACCAACGAAGUCAUUGCAUAAGCAGGUCUUCCAUUCACACAAUGGAACUUCCCCUCCUCGCACUCUCCCCCAUCUGCUCCAGAGGGUUGGGGGGGGGACCCAGAACACAUUUGGGGGUUGCAGGGCCACCCAGGAGGAGGAGAGAGAAGGGAAUUUCCACCACAUGAGUGGAAAUUGUUCUGCCCGUACAAUAACUUAGCUGGAUACAACCCAAGGCCAUUUUUUAUUCUCCCAAGUUUUCAAAUGCAUUUUAUGAUUUUUAACAUGCUAUUAUAUAUUUUGUGUGUAUAAACUAUGUUUAUAGUGACUGCUCUGGAAGCUUUGUAAAAGCUUUGUGUUAACCUUUUAAAUAAAAGAAUAGAUAAAUAAUGGCCCAAGUAUCAUUGGCUGCAGAGAGUGACAUGCUGAAUGUUACGGUCAUGUGGUUUUGGUAAAAAUGUGCAUUGUUUGUUUUUUCUUAAGGAAACUUGACAAAACAUAUGAAGUCCAAGGCACAUAGCAAAAAAUGCAUGGAUCUGGGAGUCUCAGUAGGAUCAAUAGAUGAUCAAGAUGUAGAAGAAUACGGUAAAAAAAAUCAAUUUUUUAUAUUUAGAACUUUUCAUGUAUUUGCUUUUCUUUUCUAAAUAUUUCCCUUCCUCUGUUCAAACCUUUUAUUAGAUUGCUUUCACAGAACAGGCCUUAUCAGUUAUCACUCACCUACUAACUUUCCCUGUAUGAUAAGGUUCUAGAAGAUAUUUGGGAUCCCACUGCCCUCUCAGUCCCUAUGCACAUAUACUGUAGUGUCGGUACCAGGAGAUCCUACAUAUAUAUAUGUGUAUGAGAUUCCUCUGAAGCCCGAUCUCAUUUGAAUCACAACAGAACUCAUGUUCAUUAUCUCUCAAUUCAGCCAAUAUAUUCUACACUUAAUAAUGUCGCCAUGUACAGAGAUUCAAAGGGAAGGGAGUAGAAUUAACAUCUGAACAGAUCCUAUGCAUUUCACUUACUGUUCAGUUAUUGGAGCAGAUACAAAUGGAUCGUGUCCCCACAACAUAUUAGAGGGACUAUGCACUAUGGAAUAUGUGUAUCAAUUGGCUCAUUAUACUGGGCUUCAGCCUUUUAGUGCCAGUAGUCUGAUUACAUCCAUGUAAAACUCUAGAGGAAUACAUUAGCCAGAUUUGCAGAUAAUUAUCUUAUUUAUUCACAAGCCCCAAAUAAGGUGGUGGAAUUCUCAGUUAACAGAAUUGAAUGGGCUUAGCUGUUUCUGGCUGCAGAUUUGUUUGCUUUUAGGAGAUGGAGAGGAGGGAGGGGAUACUGAUUUUGAAUUAUCCUUUGUGGGUUUGUUGUUGUUUUUUUAAACUUCCCUACUAGUAAAGAACUAGCAUAAAAAGGAUAAGUCUCAAUCUCCAAGGUAGUAGAUUUUCUUUCUUUCUUAGGGGAGCAUUCAAAAAUUGCAUUGUCCACCUCAAGUCUUGAGUUGUAUGGUCUACUCUUCCACUUCAUGUAGACCAGACACUCUUCAUCUGCAAUGAUUUCUAUAGGAUUUACUGUGCACUGAAUUUUAAUUGGAGAACUGGCACAAUCCCCAGAAUGCUGGAGAAGAAUAGAGUAUGUAAGAGGAUACAUGUCGCAUCACAUUUUUGUUUGGGUGGUUAUAUAAACGGCACAGUUCCUAUCUGUGAAAAAAGCAUUCUAAUUCAUUCAAAUAAAUUAUAUUGUCAUAACGAUGGGGUAUGAACAUCAAAAUUAUUACAUGGUUGUAAUAAAAGAUGCUCAGGCCUGCAUUAUUUUGUUGACCUUUUUGAAAUUUAAUAAAUAAAAUAAGGACUUUAAAAUUAGGUUUGCAUUCUAACCCAACUUUCAACCAAGGUAUGGCUUAGCACAAUUUGUAAAUGUUUAGGCCUCCAGGGUGGGGACUUUGACCACUCUGUUCCUCCUUAGUUGUCUUGCUGUUGCACCGUGCUGAGAUAAGCCAUGCCUUUAGAGUGUCAUCUGAAUCCAGGCUUGUGGUUUAGGUCUCCUGGACAAUAAACCGAGAACAAACCAUGGGUACAGUGUAUAGUUAGUUUGGCGUGUGCUUUUGUCAGUAUGAUAUAUGAUAGCUUUGCUUCUGUUCUGGGGGGAUAUCCCCGCCUUUAAAGUAUUUUUCUGAUUUGUGUUAAAUGGUUUAUUGUGGAGUGGUGUAUGUGAUUUGAAAGAGGUAGAAGGGGUGAAAAAUUAAUGUACUUGGUCUUUCUUGGCAGCCAAUAGCAGAGUACUAUGAAUCGAUGUGAAUUCGGUUCUUAAAGAUGUAGGCGAGGUGUUCUCUCGAUUGGCAUAACUUCUUAGUGCACUCAGCAAUUUUUACCUUUUUACAGUGCAAAUUGAACUUUGUUUUAUUGAUAGAAGUAAUAGGGCAGCAGUCAUGCUUUGUAAUUUGACAAUUAAUUUAUAGGCCCUUCAGUUACGAGGUUCAGCACAAAUAAGGCAGCAACAAUAGCAGGUAACUGGGAGGGAGGAGUGUGUGUGUGAAAUGGAGAACUCAGAGAGGAAAGAAGAGAGGGUAAUGUCAAACGAUAUUGUGCGCCACUUGACGCAGUAGACAGUCGUGCUACAGAACUAUGAGACUGCUGUUUAACUCUCCAUAUCUUUUUUAAUGGUUUGGGGACUUCCUGUGAGAUUUGGGGGGAAAUACCUGUGCAUGUAUACUGUUGUAUCCCAAGGUGUCAGGUGCAAGCAGCUGUUCCUCCUCGGCUACAGUGUCACUACGAUACCUGUAGUUUAAAACAAGUGGAGAAACCAUAGAAGCAGUGCAUUCUGAAAAGUAUCCCACUAGGCACUUUCAUGACUCCGCAAGGAGACCUCUACCUUAAAGGCAAAAAAUACUAGCUUCCUUCUCAAGUUUGCUGUGUUAGAUAUUGGAGGGCUUGCAGUGGUCACAAUUUGACAAGAUGAGGAUCUUGAUCAUAGUUAGAGCUUUCCCACUGUAAGCUAUGGAAUGGCUUUUUGCUCUCAAAGUUCUUUGUUUGCAGCCAACCAUCUGAUUCUGCUGCACAUGCAAUUCUCUGAAUUGCUGCCAGUAUUUUUAUUGAGCCAAUUAUAGUUUAAAGUAUCCUGGAAGCUUUUAGACUUCCUGCAAUACUUCAUCAUCAUAGUGGAUGAAAAUAUUAAUAAUUUUGCUUUAUUAAAAUACACUGAUACAUAAAACUCUUGAGUAUCUCCUUUCUCGAGUUCUAACCCAGUAGCAAAAUAUUGGGUUGACUGGAACAGACUGCAGUUAAAACCAUAAUAGAAAUUAAAACAACCGUAUCAACUUGUCUCCAACACACUCGGAUUUCUGUUGUCUGAUUUUCACUGCCAAAGGCAGUGUAGUGUAAUAGCUUUAAUUCUAAACUUGGUAGGUUGCACAGAAUUUGAAUGUGAGUUUGCCAGAGACAGUUUGCAGAAGGGGCCAAAUAUAGCUUGUGGAGAGCAUUUAUGUGAAGCUCUGUUAACAACACUUCUAACAAUUCCAUUUAUUUUCCAUGAGGCUUCUCAGCGCUAUAUGAAUUGGGGGUUUAUGGCAACUGGGCUGGGUGGAUUGUGGCGGUGUUCUUUGUUUUUGGAUUUGCCACCAUUUGGGUAUUGGCGAAUACCACUUAGUUUCACCUUUUAUGUUCCAAAUCACUCUUGCAUCUUUCAUCUCCUAAUCCAAAGAAUGCCCUUUACGCCCAAAAUACAGGGCUACUAUGUUUGGAAUGCUGGCUUCUGAACUAUGCUGUCAGACCAGGUGAACCAUUCAGUGUGACAUACUUCAGCUUAGGGAUAUCAGUUUUCACAGUGCUGGCCCAAGUUUUCAUUAUGUGUUCCUCUAAAUUAGGUGAUUAACGCCCCAAUCCUAUGUACAUUUUUGAGGGGGAAUGUCCUGUUUGGUAGAACUUGACAUUCUUCAAUGUAAGUAUGUUAAGGAUCGCGGCUUAAAGGCGCUUAUCAGGGAAACUGAUUUCCUAAUGUUUAGGGCAGAGCUGUCAAACAUAAGGCCCAGGAGACUUAGCAGGCCCUUUUAGUGUCCCUAUUGUGGUCCACAAGAUCUUUAUAGAUUUAUUGCAGGGAUAGGAAGCUAGGGGAAAUGGUCUGACCUUCAAAGAGCGGCUGCUACAUCAUACCUCAACAUUGCCGCCGCCCCCUAAAAUUGUCAGCACAGGAGUAUGGAAUCAGCCAUUUUCUUGCAUUUUGGCCAAGAAGGAAGGAUGUGGCCAGUGGAGGAGAACUGAAUGAUGGGAACAUAUGGCUGGCAGGAUAUGAAGGCAGCUGUAUUUUGCAUGUAAAUGCAUUUGGGAAGGCAAUCAGUGACAUUAUGAGAAGGGGGUUCAAGUUAUAAUAGUUGCCAGUGGGUGUACAGGACUGGAGGAGGAGCUACUGGCAUCUAGAGGUAGCAGCAAUAAAUUAACAAAAGGACUUUGGCAGUUAAACAAAACCCUCUGACCAGGUUUUUUUUUAAAAAAAUGUAUGUAUAAAGAUGGACUCUAAAUCAACAGAAUAUGAUCCUUAUUAUUUGUUCUUUAUAACAUAAUCUUGUGCAGCAGCAGAGAACUGGCAGUACAGGGGUACCUCGGGUUACAAACACCUUGGGUUACAGACUCUGCUAACCCGGAAGUAGUACCUUGGGUUAAGAACUUUGCCCCAGGAUGAGAACAGAAAUGGUGGCACGACGGCAGCAGGAAGCCCCAUUAGCUAAAGUGGUACCUCAGGUUAAGAACGGUUUCAGGUUAAGAAUGGACCUCCAGAACAAAUAAAGUUUGUAACCAGAGGUACCACUAUAGAUAAUCCUGUUUAUUUGUAGCUUUAGUAAUAGCCUAUGCUAUGGAUAUGGGGUAUGCUGCAAUUCCCCACCAAGACAGUUAUGUAGGGAGAUCUGUAUCUGCCAAGUGCUCAGACAGCGGUGGAGGAGACUAAGGGCUUGGGUUGUUUAAUGCAGACCUGCACUGAGCAGUCAGUAGGGAAUCAUUCAAACAACUCCUUUUUAUGAAAAAGAGCUUCUGCAGUUAUCAAGCCCUUUAUUUAUUAUCAUUUCAAGGUGAACAUCAAAGCCUAUUAAUAAUCAGGGGCUUUUAGGUUUUUCCAAUCUGGGCUUCCCCAGCAGAUGUCAGUAUAAGUCUGUGAUGCAAUAAAGAUAAUAAUAUCAAAAUAAAUAAUUUGGUCAGUAGGCUUUAAAAGUAAGUGUAAUCUUAAGUGGUUAGGUAUAGUCAAUUAUGUGUAUGAAAGAAAAGACUCCUGUAUUACCAAAACCAGCCUCUAGAAUAGACAUGGCUGCCAAAGUAUCCAUUCUGAGAUUCCAAAAGGCCUGCUUUGAAAACCUAAAACAAUGGAUGAGAAGAUCUUUCCAUGACAGUAGAUGUUUUUUAUACUAGAGGAUAUGAAGGCAUACCAACUUAUUUACAAUCAGCUAAAUUGGGCGUUACACCAUGUCCAGUUCUAUCUCCUCAAAGGAAAGUGUCCAAAAUUGAUGCCGUUGUUGCUGGUGCUAAUGUGUCUGCUGCUGCCUAAUAAGUUUCUUUGACUUAUUCUUCUGGAAGUUUGUCAUCAUUGCCCCUUAUUUAAAAAUGUGUACUUUAUACUAAACAUAAAUAAAACCCUUAUCCUUAUCCAUAAGCUCAUGAUCUUGACCAUGCUGAUUGGGACCAGCAACUUAUGGAGGGCACUAUGUUGGGUCUAAAUAAUAUAGAUCCAACUAAUGAAGGAGCGGGGGGUUGUGGAGAGAAUAUGCUUUGUGAUGUUCCUUGACUAGCCAGUUGUAUUUGGGUGGGUAUAUCAGGACUAAACAUAGGACUGCCAUUUUUUACUUUUCCAUUGCCUGAUCCUUCUUUUGUCUUGUUCACGGCUCUUUGCUGUUCAGUCAAGUGUUUUGCAGUAGACGUGUUUUUUACCAAUACAGAAUGAAAUCGUUCUUGGUAGCUGCACACCUUUAUUUUGAUAUUCUGUAGGUAAUUUUAUGUUUUAAUGGCUAUAUAAAAUGAGGGUAACAGUGUUUUAAAAGUUUUGAUUCCACUUCCAUGGGGUUUUUAAAUUAAAAAAAUAGCAUGCCACAAUUUACUGAGGUUUGCAAAGAGUCUUAAUACAGAAUAAAGCUUUGCGACCUUUAUCAAAAUAGUUGAAAAAUGUAAGAGACAAGAGUACUGUACUACACCAUUUGCUUUAUCCAUUUGUAUACGUACCAUAUCUUGAACACAAGUGUGUUUGUCAGUCUUUGCUAAUGCUUAACAGAAGCCGUUAAUGUUUUGCUGAUAAUUUUAAGCAGAAUGCUUUUAGCUCUGCUGUAAGGGUUGCUUUGGCAGUGGGAAGGGAAGAAAAGGCUUCAAAGUCUUCGAACACCAUUAUUAGCAGCUUAUUAUAGACAUCAGUGGAAACACCUGCAGCAAGAAGAGAGCUUCACAACUUACUGCUGCCCAACAGUGCCGCAUUUAAAGGAUUAUUCUUAUUUUCAGAAUUGUCAUGGCAGAUACAAGCAGCAAUAUAUGUAAAGGUCAUUUCUUCAUUUCAGAUGAUUUAGAAUUAGGUUUGUGAGCAAUAAGUAGCCGUUUCUCAAUUGUGCAGGAUCCAUGUGUCUUUCCCCCCAGCUGUUGUAAUUCAACUUCCCUCCUAGCUAAUUCAAAUUGAAAUAUUUUAUCAUUCCUUCUUGUUUUCUCCAAGCAACCAUGUAGAAUGUUGCUGAACUUAAUGUGUUGAUUGUCAGUUGAAUGCAGUCACAUGUUACACUGUGGAGGACAAGCAAUUUAAAUGAAACUUCUUGUUCUGGGUUGUAAUUUGCAACACCUGUAGAAAAUCACCUUUAAGAUAACGUACAACACUCCCAUCAUUUACAUAUCCAUAUUAUAUGGUCUCUUAAAAGUCACUAGAAUAGAUUUGUGAGUGGUUCCUGUAUAGAAUGAGCUUGAGUACCUGGGAACUAUAAAAACUUACAGCUUGAAUUAAGGUGUUUGAGGUUUCUUUCUUUCUUGGUAAAGUGAGGUUUAAAUUUUAAAAGUUGUAGGGGAGAAAAGUAAACAUUGAAACCUGCGCUUAAUUCUUUUCCUACUUGAAAUCUAUAAGUUCCUGGCCUUCGGGUGUGAAAGCAUUUCUGCUGUGUGAUCAAAGUUCUCAGUCUGCUUUCCCUAGUAACUUUUCUGUUAACAGCAAUAGAUUGUAAGAAGUUAUUUACAUUUCAGAUAGUUCAGCAAAAAAAAAGAUAGAAAGAUAGAAAAACAUGGGAUAUGAAGCUGGGAUAUGAACCAACCAGACUUUUGUUGUAAACCACAAUCUCUCAUUCAUACAUUAUGAUAGGCCAUGGCUUGUGGAAAGUGAAGCUGAUCACCAUAGAAGCCUUUUUUCCAACCACCCAGGAGGAGGAAGACCAAGAAAGGGGGCUUUUCUUGGGCUUGUUCCAGCUCAUUCAUAUAAGGGAGCUAAAACAUGAUGUGCAGAAAUUAUAUUCACAAAUGCACGAGUGCAAACCUGUUAGGGGUGUGCCCAGACCACAGAGUUUGGACGCCUGCUCAGUACUUUGGGAAACAGCCCAUCUCAGUCCAAGGCACUGUGGGUUUGUUUGAUCCAGCCUGGCCUCAGAGUCUGUCCCUGGGGAAACAAGGCUUUGCCCUCUCCUCUCUGCCCCCCUCCAAUUUGUUACUAGGAAAUAAUAAUUUGAAAAAAGAUGACUGUUUUCCUUUUGGCAGACAUGAAUGAAAUUUGCAGUCAAAGAAGCUUCUCCAAGGUUGGCAAAGCCUGUCAGAUUAUAGACAAUUAGGUUCAGGGGUUUUGUGCUGGGCACUUUUAAUUAUUUUUUUAAGGGGUCUAAUAGCAGAUGAGCUUCUACUCAAUGGGGUGACUAAUGGUGUAAGAGCACUAACAUGCAGUUAAUUUGGGAAAUGAAAAAAACUACAUCCUCUUGUUAUAAUUUUCAAACAUUACUAGGCUCUAAAUGUGUGCAUUUAAUUUUGCCCUCUCAUAGGUGAAAAGCAGCGGCUGGGUUAUGAUCGGUCCGGAUUUGAUGCAGAGGAUUCAGAAGGGCCAGAUGACGACGACAAUGAUAACGAAGAUGACGACGAAGACAGCCAAGCUGAAUCAGUUAUAUCUGCCACUCCCUCCGUUUCAGCCAGCCCACAACAUCAUCCAUCUAGAAAUGUUUCUCAGGAGAUCUCAAGCGCUGAUGAAGAAAUCAGAAUAGCAGAUUGCUUUGCUGGGGUUCACACAGACUCUAUGGAUGGGCUGCCCAAAGCACUUCUCACAAAGAUGACAGUACUUAGUACAGUGCAGUCGGACUGCAGGAGCUCAGGGCCACUGGUUACAGCUGUUCCCGGAGAAGCAAACGAAGGAAAUGUGCAAGACAGAGCAACAAGCACAGAUCCUGCUGUCUCCUCUGAGACAGUUCCCAAGUCUCCAUGCCAUCAGAUGUACGUGGACUACCCAGAAGAAGCAUUGGGAAGUUCUGCUGUUGCUCCUACUGUUACGACAGUAACUUCCAAGGUGAGCAGAUAAUUCAGUUCACUUGUGUUAGGUGUAAUCUGUACACCAAUUGCACAAAGUAUAGAAUUAACUCAAACCCUGCACAAGACCCAACCAGAUGCCCAUAUGGGAUGCUCACAAGCAGGACAUGAGCACAACAGGGCUCUCCUUACAGCUGAUCCUCAGAAACUGGUAUUCAGAGACAUACCACCUCCAACAGUGGAGGCAGAACAUAGCCAUCAUGGCUAGUAGCCAUUGGUAGAGUAACACACAUUCUUCAUGUAGAGCAGAUUAACACACACACUUCCAAGUUCAUUGCUGGGAGGCAAAUAAUGCUACCCGUGUUCUUGUCUGUUAAGUACAUUGGCCUAGAAGGAUUUCAGUGAAAAUGGGCUGCACGAUUCAAUUUAUUCUUUGCAUUAGCCAUGGACCGUUGGCACAGUGAAUUUAAUGGGAUUUAGUCUCCCAAUAAAUACACUGCUGUGACUGCAUGUAACUUUGUUGUAGAACUAUAUAGCCAUGUGUAUUUUACAUAAAUAUCUAUAUAUAUGUAUAAAUACUCAGAAACUACUAUUCAGCCGGGCUUUACCCAUGCUUGGAAACAGAGCUUCCCCAUUGCCAGCAAUAGAAGGGGAAAGGGUCUGAAUUUUGUCAUAGCUAGCAAUGCAAAGAAUCACGAGCGUGCAAAACUAUACCAUAUAGAAGUACUUUUAAAGCUGCUCAGUAGCCGCAUGACCUAUGUGACUCUUUGGAAAUCAAAUGCACUGAAAUAGCACAUUCUGAGUGACUUGUAAUUUUUUUUAACAAUAGUAGAAUAUUAGCAAACUUAUCUCUUUUAGAGAAGAGGUUUUUGAGCUGUGUUGGGAUGGAGGAAGGGAGAGAAUGGUUUGGGCCUUCCUAUAUUUAACUUGAAACAAAGGUGGCUCUACUUUAGCCAACAGAGGAAGCAAUCUGGGCUGCCAAGGGCAAAGAAUGCCCCAAAUGUUCAAAGCAGAAGAGCCACAAAUGGAACUAAAACACAGGACACCCAGCAGAAUCUGUCAAAAAUAAUCAACCCGCAGCACUUAGGGAGGAGUGUUUUUUAGUGGAUGCCCAACUCUCCUGUGGUUGGCUGCUUUCACAUUUUAAGAAAUAAAGCUAGACAAUGUUGAACUGGCUGUAUCUUCUUAUUGAUGGCUUUAAAAAUAUUAUUCUUUUUGUUACACUAGAGCACAACUUCUACAAGACUUCCUUCUCCACCCGUUGACCGGAGUACACAAACCUCCACGGUUGUUCCUUCAAUGGCCUCGCCUUUCCCAGAGAUGCAACCGCAAAAGCCCGAGGAGCAUCAGCAACAGAUCAUGAAAUCAGCACCUCCUCAGACUCACCUGUUUAGCCACCUCCCUUUGCACUCGCAGCAACAAACCAAGACCCCUUACGGGAUGAUUCCAGUGGGGGGAAUCCAUGUGGUACCUGCUGGCUUGGCCACAUACUCGACUUUCCUCCCCAUUCAGGCUGGGCCGGUACAGCUCACUAUUCCCGCCGUUAGCGUGAUCCACAGAACUACAAGUGCACUUGGCGACCCAGCAUGUGCAAUGUCCGGCACUGCAAAUCAUCUCAGCGUUGCUGAAGUGAACAGUGUUGUUCCUUGCAUCCCAAUAGGCCAGAUCAAUGUACCGGGAAUCCAGAGCCUGAGCGCACCAACCCUGCAGCCUCUUCCGUCGUUGAGCAUGGAGACGGUGAACAUCUUAGGCCUGACGAACACCAACAUCACUCCGCAAAUACACCCUUCGGGAUUAACGCUGAAUGCCGUAGGCCUACAAGUGUUGACUGCAAACCCUUCCCCUCAGAGCAACUCAAGCCCUCAGACGCACAUUCCAGGUCUGCAAAUAUUAAACAUAGCAUUGCCGACUUUAAUCCCUUCGGUCAGCCCUGUGACUGCAGAUGGGCAGGGCAUUCCAGAAACACCAGCUUCUAGUAGCAAGGCCUCCGAAACUCCUCCACAUCAGGGUCCUGCGAGUGUCGCUGGCGAUGCUGCUGCUGCUCCAGUCACCAGUGCUACAUCAUCUCAGGUGGGACCCGCCGACCAGCAGUACAGCAUUGAAAGUCAUUUGGAGGCUGAUCCUUCAAGCGGGUACCAACGGCACGAUAGCCCGGGUAAACUGGACACUGAAAAGCCUGACUCACAGAGUCAUACGAAACCAAAGUGCAAUAUCAAUUCUGUUCAGGUCGAACAGGCUUCUGCUUCAGAGCCUCCUAUGAAGGUGAAUUCUGACGUUUUACCCAAUUGCCCCAGACAUCGGACUGUCUCUCUAGAUAGACAAGCGCAUAGGCGGAAAGGGUUGCCCGAGAGGCAAAAUACUGUGGAGUUUAGUGACGGCAGCAGCGACGAUGAGGACAGACUUAUAAUAGAAACCUAGGGUUUUUUGGUUUUACGUUGGGUUGUGUGUGUGUGUGUGCGUGUGUGUGUUUGUUUUUCGUUUUUUUUUUAAAGUAACACAGGUUUUCUUGCAAACCUCCCUUUUACUUAAAGCACAUUUUUUUUCUGACACAAACUCAUUACUAAUCUUUGUGCAAUCAUGAAUUUUUGACCAAUAAUUGUUGUUUCUUGUCAGCUCCGGCCAUUUUUGUACAUGUUGUAUAGAAAAUUGUGCCUUUUUUUGGAGUUUUAUGUUUAGAAUACUGUACAGAUUGUCAAAAUUAUAUAUAUAUUAUAUGUAUAUUAAAACCAAGUAGUUACUUGUGUUUCGUAAGUAAAACAAAAUAAAUAAAAAUCUUACGUCGGAUGAAAUAAAUGAUUAAAUUAUAUGUUGCACUGUUAAAUGUAAAUUUUUAUGGCUGUGGGGCGAAGUUUGUGUGUACAGAUUUGAGUAUGUACAACUCCAUAUUUAUUGUAUCCAUAUUAGUUUUGGGGAAAGGGUCUGUCCAUCUUUCUUGUGUAUGACUUUAGCUUUACACUUAAAAACAAACUCCCGUAUCUGUGUUAUUGAAUUAUUUCAGUAAAAUUUUUGUUUACUGACUUUAUCACUGCUCAAGUUGUGCCUUCUUCACGCAAGUGAGCCAGCAAGAAAAAAUCAACUUCCCACUUAGAGCCCCCCCCCCACCACCAUUAGGUUAUUUAAAAGCUUUAGAAAAUGGAUGAACUGUCUAUUAGCAGUGGUUUCAGUAGCG